CAAGAAACGUGUGCCAGUAUUUUCAAACUGCUGUUCAAAAACAUUCACUUCCCAUAUAUAGGAGAAGCUGGCUGUCGGACAAAUCAAACUAGUCAGUGACACUGCUAUAGGCGGGUUCAGUCUAAAACAUACAAGAGUAAAGUUACUCAGCUACCAACAGCUGCAGGAGUUUGUACGACUGCAUUCAGGACAGAACACCAGCUGUCAAUACAGCACAAUAAACUCAUACAAGAGUCCUUUAACACUGAAUACAACUCAAGAGAACGAAAACAACAUGAAUGGAUCAGUAGAUGGUUUAAUUGACCAGUCUGAAGAUGAUGUGACUUUUAUGUUCACUUCAGAGUCUGUGGGAGAAGGCCACCCCGGUAAGUAGGUUUAAACGGUAUACAUCAGAGUUAUUCACUAAAAUAUAAAUUGCUGAGAAUUUAGUAAACUGAAAGUGAUUUCCAAAUUUUAGGCCAAAACGUUGAUUUGAAAACAUAGUUGCCUUGGGGAAUUUUUCAAAUUUGGCAAUUUUGACCUAAAAUCUAAAAUGUACUUUUAUUGUAUGUUAAUUCACACUUUUCAUACUUCACACACUAUCCCAAUUGUAGUUUAGGAAAAUUAUGAUCAGUAACAAUGGUGGCAAUAUUUCAUGAUUACAUUAACGUUAACAUUGAUUCCUCUAGAUUCCUUUUAGUUUGUUUAUUUUAAGUAUUACAUGUCUAUGCCUUUUACUGAGAAUUUGCAGAUUUAGACCAGUUUGAAAAUAUUUUCCCAGACAUAUACAGUAUUCUGUUUUCACUAACUGUUCAGAUAGUUCACAGGGGUCCAUUUUUAUUUAUAUUAGGAAUAUUAGUACAAAUAUUCCACUUGUCCACAUGCUCAAAUAAGCAUUAUAUCUGUGUAAGUACUGCUAAUUCACUAGAAACACUGUGUGGACUGGCUUUAUGCUUAAUAAUGUGUUAUACAAACUUUUAUGAAUACAGGCAAGCAUUCCUUUUAGCAGAUGAACCAUGAAAUGGAUAUCCAAAUUAAAUAUAGGAACAGAAAUGAACAUAUGUAAUAUGAAAUAUUGUUCCAGAUAAGUCUACUUAGUAAAUAGCUGUUUAACAUUGUGACUGUAUUUGUAUGUGGAAUUGUGUCAUUGCAGUAGAAUAACUAUAUUUAUACUUUACUUUCACAAAAAGUAUUGGAACAUAUGAAACCAUGCAAUAUUAAAGGACAGCUGUCAUCAAAUAUCCACUUCUCGACUUUUAAAAAACUUUAUUAUAUUAAGUGAAAACUAAUGUGUUUUCUUUUUCAAAUGGUGUGUUUUGUUUUGUUUAUUUUCUUUUGAGGAAAUGUCACUGUUACAUCUUGCUGAGCAGCCAUGUUGAGUCAGACUCUACUUUCUGACAGGUUUCUCACAGAGCAACCGCAACAGCAGGCAGGUCAGGUUGAGCAGCAGCUGGAUAACAAACAAGAUGAAAGUUUCUCAAAUAAAAAUUAAUAGGCAUGAUUAAAAACAAUAAAUAAAUCAUUAUUUCAUUAAAUGUAAUAAAUGUUCAAAAAAAACAAGAAGUGAAAAUUUGGUGACAGUUGUCCCAUAAAUAAUGAGUUAAAGUGUAAUAAAUUAUAAUGAGAGCCUUGAUGUGUCAUGCUAUUUUGUCAUCUGUCAUUACAGAAACCGUAGUGAUCACAUAUAUUUAAAGGAACAUACAAAGCACCAUAACCACUACAGCUUACUGUAGCAGUUAUAGUGCCAGGGGUACAUUCAAACUGAUUUUAAAUAGUUUGGCAUCUCACCUGGGUUCAGCCAGGUGAUCUUUCAUUCCACGACUACCAUCUCUGAACAUCUCGGAACUGCGUGCUCUACUUACAUAGCUUACCUACAUGGCUUACAUCAGGAGGUCUAAAAGAAGUUCCUGCUUAGAAACACGUGGCUCUCUGGAGAUGGUAGUGGAUGGUAGUGGAUGUGGGGAGUAGUACCAGGUAAGAAGUCAAACUGGGGGCGGGGGACACUCCUGGCACCCUAACCAAUACAUCAUGCUGCAAUUUUUCACGAUGCUUUGAGUGUUUCUAUAAUACAGUCAUCAGGGUUGAUUCUAUAAAUCAUACAAUGAGCUCACAACAAUUUGUGAUAACUCUACAGUGCCCUCUGUUGCGGAAACUGAAAAAUGCAUUUAUUUGUAUAAUUGCAAUAUGUAAUUAGGCUGGGAGGCUUGAGAGCCACAAGUUAAGGCAAUAGUUGAAAGCAGGACAGGCAUUGAUACCUGCCUGGGAGACGGAGAAUGAGCAGAGGAGUCAACACCUGCCUUGGAGAAGCAGGAUAUGCAGUUGGGUCGAUACAUGACUGGGAGGACAAGCUGGGAUAGAUGUAGCUGCUGCCUUGAUCCCUGAUCUUAGUAACUGUCUUCACUGGAAGACCUUCAUCCCCGGUGGCUUUUCGUCACAUCUGGUGGCAAGCGGUAGGGUCCCUGCUCUACCUCAUUCAAAGUACAGAACAGUAGGUCAGGCAGCGGCCCCAACAAAAAUGAAUCCAUCAAAAACCCUUAGAAGAAAACAAAAUGUAUUUUACUAAUAAAAGACUGUGCUUAGGCUUCACUAUUACCUAUCCAUGUCUCUUGUCUUCCAUAUUAUCUAUGUUCAAGUCGUACUGAGGACAGUACAUCCUAUCAAGCACUGACUUUCAUCUUUGGAUAAUAAGAACUUACAAUGUGAGACUGCUUUGCACUAGGCCUAUCCUUGCUUUUGUGCUAGAUACAGUUGUAUCACUAGAUGUUUUACUUGUGGCACAGCCCUUUCCUUUUCUCUUGUCUACCUCAUUCAGUGCUAAUGCCAGUGGACUAUGAACUGCUGUCACUUCCCACUCUUUGUAAACUAGUAACUGACCAAGAAGGCCAUCCAGGCCAGCUUCAAAAAGCAGCAUUAAUCCAGACCUUGCAGAACAUGGAUGAAGACAAGUCAGCAUUGCUCCUUUCACUACCCUGCUGAUGGAGUUUAUGGGCCUGUAUGAUAAGCCUGUCACCCUGCAGGAAAGGUUUACUUUGCAAGAUAAAAUUUGCCUGGAAGUUCGAGACGAGCAAACAGCAUACCCAAGGGGAGUUUGACUCCCACGGAUUACAAAUUGAUUUAAUGGUGACUCGACACUCUUUCUGACUCUUUGAUGAAACUAAUGAGGACAUUGACAGCUUUCUGCAGGAUUUCAAAAACAGUGCCAGGACUACUGAAUCAGAGAGACUUAUUGGAUUCCCCUGCUACAAGGUAACUUUACAGGUAACAUGAGAGCUACGUUCGGGACUCUACAAGAUGAGGAGUCCACCCUAAUUCAAUCAUAAAAAGGGCCCUUUUAGACAGAUAUGCCUUAAAUGCCAAUAGAUAUCUGAGGCAAUUCCGAAAUGAUAGACUGAGGAAAUCAGAGACCCACAGCGAAUAGGCCAGCCGUAUAAACAGGUCCUGUGAGCAAUGGCUUCUGUGAGAUAUCCUGGGCUUUGAUGCACUAAAACAGCUGAUGUUAACGGAGCAAUUCUUUUGGCAUUAGCAUGAGGACAUUUAGAACUGGUUAAAGGGUAACAAAUAUGUGGUUGACAGAGGUACUCAUAUAUGGGUUCUCCAAUAUAACCCAGUGAUGACCCCACUGAAAGGAUGGUCUUGGACCAAGGUGCCAGCUACUACCCCAAAGGUGACUCCAGGAGGCAAUUCCCACAUACUAAGACCAGUGGACCCUGACCACCCAAUGACAUGGGUUUAAAGAUUUUGGUCACAUACGUCCCACUGCACCUGGUCUUGGGCCUGAGUGCCAGAUGCUCCCGGACCAACAAACAGGUUAGUCAACCUUGGGCAAGAGUGCCCGCUGCUAAGCACAGAAUGUUGAUGCAGCACCCCAAGCAGCACUGGGAGAGUAUACCAUCUGUUACUUUAAGAGUGGGACCAGGAGGCAAUUCCUAUGUAUCUUGGCCAAUGAACCCUGAUAUACAGUGCUACAGAUAUAAGGGUUUUGGGCAUGUGAAGUCCCAGUGCACCUGGUCAACUUUAAUGGGACUUAUACAAGAGAACCCAAGCAAACCCCACUCAGGAGCAGAACCAACCCAGCCAGUGUAUGAGGCAAGCCAGGAAUGAGUUUCUAUUUCCAAGCAAUUAUUACAUUGUGUUUACUUAUUUUCAGAGGGACAAGAUUUAGUGAAAAUAAAGGAAUAGCUAAACAUAUUAAAAAGUGACAUUUCCUGUUUAAAGGGGACACUAUAGGCGCUAUACCGAUUUCGUCUAAUUGAUUUGGUUACAGUGCGUUGACAUCUGGAGCUGUUCAUUCAAUCAAAGUUAAACCAUUUUUGAGCAGUUUAGCACUAAAUGAAGGUCCCUGACCACUUAUUGCUCUAUCUCUACUGGAGAUAUAGCUAACACAGAGUUUAUACAUUUCCUUCUAGGCAUACAUAUUCAUAACUAAAAUGUCACAUACGUGGUCAGCUGACAUUUUCAGCCAAUCACAUCUGCCUAUUGCUGCUUAGGAUUAUGCUUCCUCAUAAAGCCAAAAGGUACAGAGGGGAAGUGUUACUGAUUCUAUAACCACUUAAAGGAAGAUGCUGAUGCAGUGUCUAUAGUGCCCAUUUAAUUCAUUUUAUAAUGCAUGAACACAUGUAUACUUUAGAAUUUUUUAGAGAAAUAACUUGAGAAGGUGGGACAGUUCUGUUUGAACUCUUUUCAUGAGGACAUCCAGCGUCUUCUUAAACCCCAUAGGAAAGCAUUGGGACAAUGCUUUCCUAUGGGGAAGGCCUAAUAUGGGUGUGGUGCUCGACGUGCCUGCAUAUUAGGUCACCCUAUUGGCUGACAUCGAUGGAGGUGGACUCAGACUCAGCUCCAAGGGACUUUGGUGCUGGAAUCAUGUGUAAAAAAGGUUGUAGGGGGAUGCAAAAUUACCCUUUAGUGUUAGGAAUACAUUAUUAUUAUUAUUCUAUUGUUUAUAUAGCACCAUCCGAUUCCGUAGCGCUGUACAAUGGGUAGACUAACAGUAACCAGACAACUGGACGUGCAGGAACAGAGGGGUGGAGGGCCCUGCUCAAUGAGCUGACAUUCUAGACGGAGUGGGGUUUAGUGACACAAGUGCAAUAUAACAGUAAUAUAGCAGUAGGGAGGAAGAUGGCAAUUACUGCUAUAUUGCCCAUGGGUUGGUGAGCAGACAGUAGACAUUUAUUUUUUGCUGUUUAGCUUUUUUUAAUUCUACAAUAAAGUAUUUUUUUUACCUGUUACCCGGGUCACCAGAGCAUAUAUUGGAUCUCACGUACUCUAGGGACUGAUCCUCCCUGAGUGCCAUAGCUUUGAGUGGGGCUUACACCACUCCUAAUUUGUGAGUUUUAUCCUACUAGGGUUUUUUUAGCUGUUUAUGCAUUUUAAAUUACUUUAUUGCACUAGGAGUGCUUCUCGUUUUUAAUCUCCUUUUUACAGAUACCUACAGUGCAUAUUGCCCAGUGCAUAUUGUACAGAGUAUAAGUAUAUGCAUGUGUGUGGUUGGUAUAGGUGGUUGUCAUAUGGGAUAACACCCACUCCACUUAUGUAAGCACUUUAAGAUAUCAAUUAACACUUAAGGUUUUAUAAAUAUAUUUUGCGCACCAGCACUUUACACUUUUAUCUGCAUAGAAAUGAUAACAGAAGCCAAAGGAGCUGAUUGAAACUUUUAGUGAGAGGAAGAGCAAGAGAGGGAGACAAGGUGCGGAUGAAAUACGAGGGAAUAGGAUCGAGGGAACAGGUGGUGGAGUGUGAGGACUGGGGUAGAGCAUAAACCUCUUCUGCCAUAGCAGGUGCGAAUGAGUGUAGAAUGGUGGAGGGAGUGGGGUUGGGUGAUGUAUUGGUAGGGGAAGGAGAGAAAUUAGAGAUCUCUUCUCUGAUUGUAGAGAUCUUCUAAGUGAAGUGAGAUGCAAAGUUUGUGGCGGACAAGGUGGUAGAAGGAGGGGGAGUAAAAGUGCGAAGAAGAGCAUAAAAAGUGUGAUCUUCCUAUUCCUAACACUAUAUUUUCCAUUUAAGGAAAAGGUAUAGUGCACAAUAAGAUUUUGCCUAAUUUGUUUGAGAUUUAUAUUUCUAACGUAACUAUUUUAGUCUGUUAUCACAGACACUGUGAAUAAGUGGAGUUUAGCCAUCCUCCAAAUUGUUCAUGCUUGGAAGGUUCAGUGGUCAUGUCAAGCUGUGUAGGAUUCUGUGGGUCUCAAAAAUAUCAUGGUCUUUAAAAACUUACUGUGAAUACCAACAUCUGUUUACAGAUUAAAAAAACAAAAAAAAAAACAAGUUAACCCACACACUGGCCUUGGUUAGUAUAUGCAUAGACUUAUCAACUGUGAGUGAAUUAUCUAAAUUCUAAAUCACAAUGCAAACAGAGGGUAGAAAGUACAUGCAAAAGUGAAGGGCACACUACCUGAUUAGGUUAACUUUAAAAAAAAAACUUUUUUGCAAAAUGUGUAACUGAGAACCAAAGCAGGUGAUAAUAGCCUUAUACCUUUUAACAAAUUCAAUAUCAAACCAUACUUUUUGAGACUGAGAAAUUAAUAAGAAAAUAUUAGAUCAUUUUAUUUGGUAAAUCGAUUAAUACUGAACAUGAUAAAUAACUAAUACAUCUAGAAGUCUUUUUUCAUUUUAUUUUUUUUGGUUCUUGAUGGACCCACUGCUGAAUAUCUUAAGUUUCCUCAUGAAUAUCUAAAAUCCAUGCCCUCCACAGCUUAGCUACACUACAGCCUAAACUACUGCUGUAGUGGUUAUGUUGCAACAUCUGGAGUGGCAAUGGUUACCCACCCCUGGCUUAGAGCAUAUCUUCUAGAUGUGCCUGAGUCAGCAUGGACUGUCCCGAUUAAUCGAGACACCAGGGAACUUUACUCAGCAAUUGCAAUGCAAGCAAUUCAUUAGACACAGUCAUGCUGUGCUAAGGUUCCCUGAGUGAGGCCUUUGAGGGAGAGAGUAAGCAUGGCAUGUCCAUUUGCAAUGUUGUCCCUUAGUGGUUUGACAGUAAAACAGGGAAUAGUACCAGUACACUCUAAUGUAACUACUAACAUGUAUAGCUUGGAGGAAAGACGAGACAGGGGAUAUGAUAGAAACAUUUAAAUACAUAAAGGGAAUCAACACAGUAAAGGAGGAGACUAUUUAAAAGAAGAAAAACUACCACAACAAGAGGACAUAGUAUUAAAUUAGAGAGGCAAAGGUUUAAAAAUAGUAUCAUGAAGUAUUACUUUACUGAGAGGGUAAUAGAUGCUUCCAGCUGAAGUGUUAGAGGUUAACACAGUAAAGGAGUUUAAGCAGGCGUGGGCUAGGCAUAAGACUAUCCUAGACUUAAGAUAAGGCCAGGGACAAAUGAAAGUAUUUAGAAAAUUGGGCAGACUAGAGGUGACAAAUGGUUCUUAUCUGCCGUCACAUUCUAUGUUUCUAUGUUACUAGAAUGAGCUGCAGCUUACAUUGGCUUUUAAACACCCAUAUAUGUUUAAGUCAGACUUUAUUUGGUUUGCUACCUCUCUGCAACAGGUCGAGGCAGACACAGUUGUUAAUAGAGAUUUCAUUUUUAAAAGCAUAUUUUUAAAAAUACUGUAGUGAAGCUAGGUUAUGUCAUAGUACACCCUCACCCGAUUUUCCCACACUAGCUGAGUUUGUUUAAAAUAUGUCCACAGCCAUCAGCUGACAGGUCACUGAAUAAGGCCUUGACUGGAGCAAUGUGAGUAACCUUAUGUAUGGGAUUUGUGAAUAGCUGGCACUAGCAGCCUCCAUGUAAUAAAAGAAGAGUUUAUAAAUACACUGGACUCUCUAGUGACUUGGAAGCAACAUCAACAGGUCAUGUUGCAAGAAAUGUUCCACGAGUAAUACUAGAGAGAGAGAAAGAGAGCUUUUUUACUCCAUUUUGAGUUAUGACAAGGGAUGAUAUAACAUCAUCAUUCUUUAUAUUUAUAAAGUAGCAAUAUGUAUCAUGUAGAGCAAUGGAAAUAAUAUUGUUAUGUGACAAAAAUGAAUAACAGCUAAUAUAAGCAAGUUCUAUAACAUAUGAUCUACUGAAUAUGUUAGUAGAAUAUUGUAGACUAAUUGAUUUCAAUUUUAAAAACGGCUUUUGAUACCUUGGGAUACUAAAGGAACAUACAAGUAGUGUUGCUAUUGUAAAGCUUAUUUUUAAUUAUACAUGGAAUAAAACUGGUUGUAUUACUUAUCAUCUGAUUCCUGAUCCUUCUGGAUGCAUUCUUGUUCCAGCAAUGGUCUCACUACGUUUUCCUGCUAUCCCAAUGGUGGAUGAAAUGCCUUUAUAGUUCAGAGCCAUUGUUAAUGAGGGCUGUGCCUACAGUGUAUAAUAAACAACAAUAAAAAGUUCAGAUAAAAGAAGUCUAAUAAUCAGAGGGUCAAAGCAGAACAAUCUUGUCUAGAAGGUAUUCAAAGUUCUGUGAUGAAAUCCAUAUAUAAUAUAAAAAGACAAAAGCGACAGAAACUCCAAUAGUGCAAUAUGUCAAUACGUACAGAGUGGAGGUAAUAAAAAUAGCGAUGAGGUACUCACGUUUGAUGGAACUAUAGCCAGCUCCAGCGUAUAUAGCGUGCAGUGGUAUAUUCCCCACUUACCGGAUAUAGUGUGGGUGUUCUCCGUAAAGGAAAUACUGGGAACCCAAAAGUAAAGAUAAAAUACAACAGAUAGUCCUCGCUGUAUUAUAGAAAAAACUUCUAAAAGUAGCAUAAAAAGAGAUAUAUUCGGUAGAGCAGACCAACUGAUCAUCACUGGAAUGGUCCCCACCUAGGAUUUCUUUGCAGUUAAAAGGAGCGAUGAUAAGAAAAUAUAAAAAUAUAAAAUGCCAGGUAGCUCUUAAAGAUAGUUGGUAUAAGACACAAAGUGGAGUUUUACCAAAAAAUCCUCUAAUUAAAUAAAAGCAGAGUAAUUACAUCUAUAAAGGCUUUUUCACCAUAAGGCUUUAUCAAAUGGAAGAGAAGCCGUACCCAUUUCUUCAUUUUAUGUUGACAUUUUUGUCUGAUAUUUUAUUUACCCAGUCCUCCAAUUCUCUCUCUUUGGAAUCAGAGGAUUACUUCCCGAAUGCCCCCCACACAUACCCUGUAAAAAGUCACCACAGAGAAAGUAUUUUGUUGGCAAUAUGAAAGGAGUUCAAAAGGACUCUAAUUAUAGCCCUGUAGUUAAGGAGCCUAAAAAGAGCAAUUACUGCCCUUCCUGCCCAACUUUUAAAUCACUCUGUAUAAGACUUUGUCAGUUUGUUUGAUUACUCUGGAUUUCUGGCUUGUCCUGAUUACUCAUUAUUAGCUGCCUGUGCCGACUUAUUAGAUUUUUAUACCAACUACUCUGACUUCUGGAUACCCCUGACUUUGGCCUGUCCCUGUUUACAUUAAGCCCAGUCAUUAUAAAGUGGCUACAUCAAACAACUGAAAAUGCUACAUUUAGAAAACUUGUUAAAAUGGGAUGCCAUCAUGGGGCAAUUUUCUUUCUUAGAAUGCCAUGUUCUCUCAAAGCUGACAUAGGCCCAUAACAUCACUUUGUCAAUUUUACAAGUCACAAAAGGUAUUUUUCCAUGUAUUUCCAUAUAUUCCAUGUAUUUUACAUGUAUUUAAAUGUAUUUUUCCAUGUAAUUUAUCAUAAACCCUGAAAAAAAACCAUACAUGGGGGCACUGUUAUAUUCAUGAAACAAUGUUAAAUACAGAUAUUAACACAAAUUAGAAUUAUAACAUUUGCUGUGAAAAUGGAAUGUGUGUGAAAAAAACAAAAGAAAAUAUGACCACUACAUGGGACCAGCAUAUGUGAUAAAGUGGCUAGAUUAAAGUGCUCAAAUUAUGCCAUUUGGUAAGUUUCCUGGGCUGCCAUACUGUCUCAAAGGCAACAUAGGCACAAGUAAAUUUGUCAAAUUUACAAUUGAAAAGGGCAUCUUAUAUAUUUGGCCCUGCAACUUACCAAAAAUACCUGAAAACUGUAUGUGGGGGUACUCUUAUAUUUGUGAAACAAUGUCAAAUAAAAAUACGGAGGCUUUAUUACACUAACUCAUAUUAAGAUUAUUCCUGUGAAAACAGAAUUCAUGUGUGUAUGAAAAAACACAAAAAUAAAUAUGACCACUACAUGGAGCCAGGAUUUGUGAUUAAGUGGUUAGACAAAACAACUCAAAUUAUGCCAUUUGGAAUACCCUGGGUUCCCUACUUGUAAAAAUGAUAUGCCAUUAUAAGUGUAAUUUUCUUUCCUGGGCUGACUCAAAGGUGGCAUACGCUCAGAAACUAGUAAUAAGUAAUACACUGUAUCUUGGAUGGACUUCUGACUUUGAUCUGCUCUGCUGUCUAGAGUGAGCUCCUGAUUCUAAGCUAGGGGCCAGAAACAGUGUUUCCUGAACCAAUAUCACUUGUACAUAUAUAUUAUCUCUUAAAAAGAACAAAUGAUGGCUGUUAGCCCCAAGUAGAGUUGUUUAAGAAUAUGUAGCUUGAUUUACUGAAUAAAGUAGCUGCUUAAAGAAGCUGUAGUCAAUAGCAAAGGAAAAGUUCAGUUAUAUUGACCUUUAAGACUCGUAAGCUGACUUCUGAGUGCAUGCCUUGCAUAAGUCUUAAAUUCUUUACACUUUCUCUCAGAUAUAAAUAUGGCAAGGAAAUGUAAAAAGCACCACAUAUUGUACUGUACUCCACUGUUUUUCUGAACGUGUUAAUUAAUUGUGCUGGCACUCCUGACCUAGUAAGACUAUAUAACUGGUCACACAAUGCAUAGUAAAUAUAUGAAAUAAAUGUUUUUUUUUACACCUGUGAAACCCUAAAAUAGUGGUCUGCAACCAGUAUGCCUCAGCACUGCGCUAGGUAUGCCACCGCAUGGUUUCUGAGAGCAGUGCCAGAUGUGCCACUGUCGCCACGUCCCGACAUGUUAUUUAUUGAGCAUUUGUUUAGUAGUCUCAUGCUGCUCCAUCGUGGAGCUGCACAAAAACUAUGUUGGGAGAGGAGCGCCACCAUCUCCCCCUCACAUGAAAAGCUGAAUAUCGAUAGCCCUCACCACUUCUGCCAUUAGAGGUAAAACAGCAAGGAGUGGGACACAAAUAUGUAUAAAUGUAUAUAUGUGUGUCUGUGUUUGAGAGUGUGACUGUUUUUGUCCUUGAGUGUGUGUGCCCAUGUAAGUGCAAAUACCUUGCAUUACAUCACCACAUUAGUUAUUAUUUUAUAGUAUAAAUUGAUAAUAUAGUAUAAAUUGAUAAUAUAAAUAAAAUGUAUGCAUCAUUUAUGCAUGUAUAGUAAGAAAGAAGGUGAUUUGCGCACACAGAAAAAAAUGUGGGUUUUACCUUACACAUAGAAUUUUCUCAGGUAACCACACUACAGGUUAUUUGUAACACCUAUAUACAAAUAAAUAGAAUACACAUAGUGUAACCUGGAAAAAACAAAAAGUAUUAUAAAGGAAAUGUUUCUUCAAACUCACAAUUUUCAGAGCCCAUUCAAAGUUGGCUCUAGACUUAUAGCGCUUGUCAUCUCAUCCUUGAGACAUUCGAUAGUAAUAUAACAGAUACAUCCACAGGAACUUGGAACUAGUAGAUUGCAGCAAAGUCCAGGGCAGGUAUGUAUACAAAGUUUUAUUUAAACAAAGAAUUUUUUUAAAUAAAAAGUAUAUGUAUAUAUACAAAUAAAAAUCAAUAAGCAGCACAACGCGUUUCAACCUCUUAAUAGGUCUUUCUCAAGUGCAUAUAAUUUCAUACUGAACUUAGAAGCCCUUAUAUAUACAGAACAAUCACACAGUAAAAUGAAUAAUGGCAUAUACCUGUGAAGAUUCCCACCCAUAUACAAAUAUGGUCAUAGCCGGAAGUGUUACGCCCACCAAAGUAUGGCCGCACCUCCGGCUAUGUACCUCUGUCUCCAGCCCUCCCUAACAUGUCCGACAUUAGGGUAGUCCAUGCAGUUCAAUAUGAUGUCCUAACUCUUCCAGUCCUGUUGCCGUAGCGUCAUAUCCUGUGGUAACAACUUGAUGUGUUCCGAUUCGUCAUUUCCGGUCACGUGUGCGAGAUCUUCUGCGGUCUAUUGCGGCUUCCAAAUUAGUUCUGGCUUGUAAACGUCCAUCAUUGAAAGGGCAAUUUGCCAAUAGUUCAUAUUGUUAAAUGACCAAAGGAACAUACAAAAAAGGAAGAUAAAUAAAAAACGAGAAUAUUCUUGUUACCCACUUUUGUAAAAUGCAUACAAUGCUUAAACUUUAUGGAUACAUCAUACAUCAAAUAUAUAUCUAUUCAAAAAGAAAACGUGCAAAUAAGAGGAAAGGAGAAAAAGUGGUGGAUUAAAGUCAAAGUGAAUUGUGACAUAGAGUUUUCAAGGAGGUCUCCAUAGCAAUAUAACCACCUCUGAUAAUAUAAAACCAAGUUCUUUACCUAAAGUUUUAAAAACCAUAUAUAUAAAAAAACAAAGAUAUAUAAAAAUUUUAUUCAUAAAAUUAUAUUUUAAUACAGACAUAUUAAAACCUUCAUAAAAUGUUGUUAAUCUCAAAAUCGAUAUUGAGACCCAAGGGUGAUAAAGUGCGCAUCUCAAAAAUCAACUUUACCUCUUGGGUACUCAAUUUUUUAGGGAGAUCCUCUCCUCUCCAAUGGCACUCUAUCUUCUCUAUGGCAAAAAAGUUUAGAAAUUUAGGGUCUAACAUUCCUAGGGGACAAUUUUUAAGGCUACGUAGGAAUUGCACAAACAAACAAAACUUUUCUGAUCAGGCAGAACUCCUAAAAAAACAAUUUACACAAAAAGGGUAUGAUAAGAAGGUCUUAGAUACCCAGAUUCAGGAAAUAUCAUCUCUGAAAUAUAAGAAGAGGGGGAACUUGCUGACAGAUAACAAAAAGAAACAGAUGCCCUUUAUUUUUAAUUAUUCGAGCAACGUAGGUGCGAUUAGGAGAAUUAUAAAUAAGAAUUGGGACAUCCUAAUUCAGGAUGAGGAAAUACAAGAAUUUUUAGGCCCUAAGCCCAAAUUUAUUUUUAGAGGAGCAAGGAACUUCAAACAAAUUUUAACUUGAAGUUUUUUAGAAAAAAACACCUCAAAAUGAUAGUAAUUUUUUAACUAAUUGGUCGAAGAAGAAACAAGGUUUUUAUCACUGUGGGAUGUGCAAUGCAUGUAAAAACACAGCUAUAAAAGGGAAAAAUGUAAUUGCUUUUAAGUCUUUUAUUACUAAAAAAGAAUUUAAAAUUAAGUCCAUGAUGACAUGCCAUUCGAAUAACGUUAUAUACCUACUAAAUUGUACAUGUGGCCUUCAAUAUGUAGGCAAAACAUCAAGGCCACUGAAAGUGCGAAUAGGUGAACAUGUUAGAAAUAAUAAAAAAGGCUUUGCAAACCAUAGUGUAUCUAAGCACUUUCUGUAGAAACAUAAUUCAGACCCUAAAUUUCUAAACUUUUUCGCUAUAGAGAAGAUAAUUUUGACUUUAAUCCACCCCUUUUUCUCCUUUCCUCUUAUUUGCACGUUUUCUUUUUGAAUAGAUAUAUAUUUGAUGUAUGAUGUAUCCAUAAAGUUUAAGCAUUGUAUGCAUUUUACAAAAGUGGGUAACAAGAAUAUUCUCGUUUUUUAUUUAUCUUCCUUUUUUGUAUGUUCCUUUGGUCAUUUAACAAUAUGAACUAUUGGCAAAUUGCCCUUUCAAUGAUGGACAUUUACAAGCCGGAACUAAUUUGGAAGCCGCAAUAGACCGCAGAAGAUCUCGCUGCACACGUGACUGGAAAUGACGAAUAGGAACACAUCAAGUUGUUACCACAGGAUAUGACGUUACGGCAACAGGACCGGAAGAGUGAGGACAUCAUAUUGAACUGCAUGGACUACCCUAAUGUCGGACAUGUUAGGGAGGGCUGGAUACAGAGGUACAUAGCCGUAGAUGCGGCCAUACUUUGGUUGGCGUAACACUUCCGGCUAUGACCAUAUUUGUAUAUGGGUGGGAAUCUUCACAGGCAUAUGCCAUUAUUCAUUUUACUGUGUGAUUGUUCUGUAUAUAUAAGGGCUUCUAAGUUCAGUAUGAAAUUAUAUGCACUUGAGAAAGACCUAUUAAGAGGUUGAAACACGUUGUGCUGCUUAUUGAUUUUUAUUUGUAUAUACAUAUACUUUUUAUUUUAAAAAAUUCUUUGUUUAAAUAAAACUUUGUAUACAUACCUGCCCUGGACUUUGCUGCAAUCUACUAGUUCCAAGUUCCUGUGGAUGUAUCUGUUAUAUUACUAUCGAAUGUCUCAAGGAUGAGAUGACAAGCGCUAUAAGUCUAGAGCCAACUUUGAAUGGGCUCUGAAAAUUGUGAGUUUGAAGAAACAUUUCCUUUAUAAUACUAUUUGUUUUAUACAGGUUACACUAUGUGUAUUCUAUUUAUUUGUAUAUAGGUGUUACAAAUAACCUGUAGUGUGGUUACCUGAGAAAAUUCUAUGUGUAAGGUAAAACCCACAUUUUUUUCUGUGUGCGCAAAUCACCUUCUUUCUUACUAUAUCACGUUUUAAGUGUAAACGGUGACAUUACGCUUGGGUAAUUUUAGCUGCAUCAGAUUUUAUAAAGACUAGCGCCACUGUGUUUUUUUUUUUUUCUGUUUUAUCUUUUAUUUAUGCAUGUAUACCUUGCGUGAGAAAAGGUUGAGGAACACUGCCUUAAAGCAGCAAUGCCACCCCUGAAAUAUGUGUAUUUCAUAAAGAUAGAAUCAUUAUUAAAUACUCAUAUUGGCUGUGUUGGAAUUUCAAUGACGUUCCAAUCCAGUCAAGAGAUAUACCGAGGCAAAGUAGGGACUAAUUUGUUUCUGUAAAUCUCUAUCUACUGACGCUGGGUGGAGCUAUUUAAAAGUGUCAAUCCCCCCACUCAGUGGUGACAGCUGCAGAAAAUUGGCUUUAUCUUUGGUGUAUUUUGCAGGUUCCUCCAUAAACCUCAAUGCUGUACUUUUGUGCAUGUGCAAGAGUCAGCAGUGACGUCUGCUCCUGGUGCUGAAGCAAAGAAAAUGGCCGUGCCUACAAGGAACUGGUUCAGGUAUGCAGAACUCUCAAUUCCCUGCUCCCUGGCCACCGGAACUACAGUGGCAAUGGCAUCGCUGGGGGUCUUUGCAAAUUCUGCAAAGUCCCCUGUGACAGUGCCGCUUUAGCACCAUUCAGUAAAAAGCAAAUGGCGGCAGUUUCCAUAUUCUAGACACUUUUAUUUUAUAAUUUUGAAACAAAGUUACUAGAGAAAAUGAAAUAAAAAUUUUUGGAGUAACUUUGGUCCAUUGCCAAAUUGAUCAGAUUUCUUUUUGUUUUCUUGUUUUCAAGUAUGUUAAUGAAUGUUAUAAACUGUUUAAUGUGAUUUCAUUUUAAUUUAACUAGUAAAUUAGAUCAUUUUAUUUUCAGAUUUUAACCUGUUAAAUGCUUUUUGCCUUUCAGAUAAAAUAUGUGACCAGAUCAGUGAUGCAGUUCUUGAUGCCCACCUAUUGCAGGACCCAGAUGCUAAAGUUGCCUGUGGUAAGUAGCUUGCAUACCACUACAGCUUGCCUACCACUACAGCUUGCAUACCAGUGUUUUGUAGCGGUUAAGGUGCUUGGAAAAAAUUGAAAUUCAAAUAUCAUGUAAAUAGUAGCCUACUUUAUUUAGACAAUUUACUACAGUAAGAGUAUUUAAAGGUGAUAUAAGGAAUACAUCUCUAUGUUUUUCGUUCUAGAGACUGUAUGCAAAACUGGAAUGGUUUUACUUUGCGGAGAAAUCACUUCAAGGGCUGUUGUUGAUUAUCAAAAAGUAGUUCGAGAUACUAUUAAAUAUAUUGGAUAUGAUGAUUCUGAAAAAGGUAAGUUUUAUAGUUUUCAAAGUAUUUCAGUUAUAUAAAAUUUGACAUUGAAUUUACAAGCAUCUAUGAAAGUGUUCAAAGGGCAUGAAACAUGUAAGCGUUUGCUAUUUCAUGUACUACCCCUAUAUUUACCUUAUACUUCCUAUUUUGUGGAUUGAAAUAAAUGGGGGGAGGGAGGAUGCCAUGUUUCUAGUUUACUGAGCCUUCUUUUUCUUUUGGACUUUGUCUUUUUCUUUGUGUGUGAGCCAUCGAUCGCAAGGUUAACACAUUCUAAACAUGCUUAAAUUUUGCAUGCAGUGCUUAUAGAAUCUAGAGUGGACUUUACUAAAGUAAAUAAUUAGUCGUCGAGGAAUAAUUUCUUUGCAUUAUAAGAAUCACAGGCAAUAAAUGUUAAUUUGUAUGGGAUAUCCUGUUUUUUGUUUGUUUGUUUUUUUACUCAAAAAAGCAUACAUGAGAAUAUAUGCAAAGAAAAAACAUACUGUGCUCAUGCGUUGUGCAACUACAGAAAUAUAAGUAUUUACUGUGUACAAAUAUAACUGAGAAUGUGCACCUACAAUAUACUAGCAAAAUAAUAUUUGAAUGUAAUGUGCAUGAUAUAUAAUUUACAGUCAAAUGCACAUUGACUGGCAUUGCACAUUGACAAGAUUAAUAAAUGAUCUGCAUACUCGAAACGUAAACAGAUUAAAAUAAUAACAGGUCAUUGAAGUUUUAUUAACUUAGCGGGAGACAAGAGUUAAUGAAAAAACAGGUAAUGAUAAAGAGCAAAUGUUUUACUCAAAUAUUCUCGAUAUGAUACUAAGUCAUUAAGGGCCAGAUAUUGCUCACUGCCAUUCUGGAGUGCUAAUGACCUAGAUUUCAGUAAGGCUUUUGACACUGUUGCACAUAGAAGGCUCCUCAAUAAACUGCAAUCUUUAAGUUUGGAUUCCAAAAUUGUUGAAUGGAUAAGGCAGUGGCUGAGUGACAGGCAACAGAGGAUUGUAGUCAAUGGAGUAUAUUUGAAGCAUGGGCUUGCCACCAGUGGGGUACCUCAGGGAUCUGUACAUGGACCCAUUCUCUUUAAUAUUUUUAUUAGUGAUAUUGCAGAAGGUCUUGAUGGUAAGGUAUGUUUUUGCUGAUUAUACAAAGAUAUGUAACAGGGUUGAUGUUCCAGGAGGUAUAAGCCAAAUGGCAAAUGAUCUAGGUAAACUAGAAAAAUGGUCAGAGUUGUGGCAACUGACAUUUAAUGUGGAUAAGUGCAAGAUAAUGCAUCUUGGACGUAAAAACCCAAGGGCAGAGUAUAGGAUAUUUGAUACCCUACUAAACUCAACAUCUGAGGAAAGGGGUUUAGGAGUAAUUAUUUCAGAUAACUUAAAGGUAGGAAGACAAUGUAAUAGAGCAGCAGGAAAUACUAGCAGAAUACUUGGUUGUAUAGGGUGAGGUAUUAGCAGAACAUAGCAGAACAAUGGUGCCAUUUUAAAGAACAAUGGUGAGACCUCACUUGGAGUAGUGUACAAAGUACUGGAGACCGUAUCUUCAGAAGGAUAUUGAUACUCUAGAAAGAGUUCAGAGAAGGGCUACUAAGCUGGUUCAUGGACUGCAGGAUAAAACUUACCAGGAAAGGUUAAAGGAUCUUAACAUGUAUAGCUUGGAGGAAAGACGAGACAGGGGGAUAUGAUAGAAACAUUUAAAUAUAUAAAGGGAAUCAACACAGUAAAGGAGGAGACUAUAUUUAAAAGAAGAAAAACUACCACAACAAGAGGACAUAGUCUUAAAUUAGAGGGGCAAAGGUUUAAAAAUAGUGUCAUGAAGUAUUACUUUACUGAGAGGGUAGUGGAUACAUGGAAUAGCCUUCCAGCUGAAGUGGUAGAGGUUAACACAGUAAAGGAGUUUACUGUGUGGGAUAGGCAUAAGGCUAUCCUAGACGUAGGAUAAGGCCAGGGACUAAUUAAAAGUAUUUCAAAAUAUUGGGCAGACUAGAUGGGCUGAAUGGUUCUUAUCUGCUGUCACAUUCUAUGUUUCUACCAAUUCUGUCAACCCCCCCCCCCCCAAAAAAAAACCACACAUAUAUAUAUAUAUAUAUAUAUAUAUAUAUAUAUAUAUAUAUAUAUAUAUAUCAGAAGGGGGAAAAGCUGCACUCACGGUCUUCCAUUAAAACUUCAAUUUAUUGGAUAUGUGGAUAUGCAUUAAAAGAUCGAUGUUUCAGUGUCCCACAUCUAGGACUUUCUUUCCUGAAAGAAUAUAUAUAAUCUCAAAGGGAAAGGUCUAACAGUUUGAAGUAGAGAAACAGCAUUGCAAACUGUAGUGAAAUCCCAGAAUGACAUGUAGUAUUUUUACCCUGAAACACCAUGUUACUGAUUUAUAUGUUUGUCUAAAUGUCAGGAUAUCAACCAGUGCAUAAUUGUGAAACCUUUUGAAGUAAUUACAUUCAAACAGAUUUAUUUCAUAGACUCUAACCAUGUAUUUUUUAUAAUAGGUUUUGACUAUAAGACAUGCAAUGUUCUUGUAGCUCUGGAACAGCAAUCUCCUGAUAUAGCGCAAGGUGUUCAUUUAGAUCGGAAAGAAGAGGAUAUAGGCGCUGGGGAUCAGGUAUCUAAUUAUUCUUACUCUUAAAAGCUACAUUAGUGCAUUCACUUCCAGAAGAGUGUAUAAAUGAUUUUGCUUUCAUGCACUUUGCAAAACACAAUUUAGUCCAUAAAUCAGUCCAUUAGCCUGCAUAGGAACCAAUUUCUCUGCCAGAAGCCACUGGUCACUCAUUUUAAAGGUCACUAAGCACCACAAUUACUUGAGACUAAUAAAGUGGUUUUGGCGUAUAGUUCAUGCCCAUGCAGUCUCACUGCUCAAUUCUCUGCCACUUAGGGAGCUGAACCACUGUGUUUAUGUGGGUUUGGUCACACCUCCCCUGCUUUUGACUCACACAGCAUCUAUGAAAAAAUGGUUUAAUUUUCAAAGAGAUCUUACAGUGCUUGGUUAUGAAGGGAUUAUUGGUCUAUUUUAGGUCUAUUGUUUAACACUUACUUUAUCUAAAAUAUUCCACUCAUUAAUUUUUUUUCAUUUUUCAGGGUUUAAUGUUUGGUUAUGCAACAGACGAGACAGAGGAGUGCAUGCCUUUAACUAUUGUGCUUGCUCACAAACUUAAUGCAAAGUUAGCAGAGUUAAGGCGCAAUGGGGAACUGCCAUGGCUCCGACCAGACUCCAAAACUCAGGUAAUCAAUACAAAGAGGCAUUUUCAAUUUAAAAAAACAAUUAACUACAGUUUGAUUUACCUCUCCCUUUAUCAACACUACCCCUGGAACCUAGUCAGAGCUUUAUUUCCUAAACUGGUUCUACCUACUAAAUAGAUUCUUACCUAAUAUUUUGAAAGAUAUUGUUAAUGGUCUCUCUCUCUAGUAGAUAAAUACCGGCACUCCUGGGUUUGUACAGCACAAUGAUUUAUUGUCACAAGUCAGUGGUUUCAGUUCCUAGCUUGGAACUUUCAUCAGGACAUUUCCUGAUGAAAGUUCCAAGCUAGGAACUGAAACUUUGACUGACUUAUGACAAUAAAUCGUUGUGCUGUACAAACCAAGGAGUGCCAGUAUUUAUCUACUUUUUAUAUCACAGUGUGGUUGGGCACCUGGUAUCCUCUUGGCUGGAGGUAGGAGUGCAAAAGAUUUUUAUUUUUUAUAUAUAUAUAUAUAUAUAUAUAUAUAUAUAUAUAUAUAUAUAUACACUACACAUUAAAGAGUCACUCCAAGCACCUUAACAACUUUGUGCCACUUGAAAUGUUUUGGUGUGUACUUUGCACACUGUCUCUCUUCUCCAUGCCUGACCUAAUGGCUUUCAGUUGCAGGAUAAUGAGAUUUUUCAUUUUAGUCUUUGCUAUGCUUACAGCAUGCUCAUAUUGCAUGCACAAUCCAGACAGCCAUCUCCCUUCUGUCUUGAAGAUAGUUGAACCAUGGCUACUCAUUUUAAGAUUAUGUUCUGGUAAAAAAAUAGUUAAUUGGAAGAUUAUAUACAAACAUUGAUUUGAUAAAAGCUUUGUACUUGUACUCUCCAUGGACUAAGCAAAAUGCUUUAUAGUAUUAAACACAAUCAGUUGUAACUUGCAAGGAAAUAAAAAUGGAAAGAUUCCUCACAUUCCACUUCCAAUCCUGCCAAUCCUGGGAGAUUGCAAAGAGGCAGAUUGACAAGGUGUGCAGCCCUGGGCUUCGCGCUCCUCAUGUUAGGUCACACCCCCUCUCAUUAGUCUCCAGCCCUCAUGAUCUGCUCCAGGUGGUAGAGUUGAAAGGAAAAGGUUACAAGCUGACAAUCUGUUUGAGAACAACAUGUCAUCUUGUCCUCAAACAGCUUGUCAGCUUGUAACCUUUUCCUACCAGCUCUGUUACCCUGUGAAUCGCGAGGAGCAUAGCGAGAAGGGGCAGGACCUAACAUGAGCGGGCAACACCUAUUACUGCACACCUUGCUGAUGCACUCACCCUGGAUUGUUCCUGCACUUCAACAAAAAAAAUCAUAAUUUUAAUAUAAAAAGAGUUAUUAACUAAUGUGAGAAUUGUUGGGAAUGCAAAGUGAAUUUCAAAAUUAAGGACUUGAAAAUUUCUCAACUAUGCUUCCAAUUUAACUACUUUGUUUUUAAAUUUGAAAUUCACUUUUAAUUCCUGACUUUUCCCUUAGUAGAAUAUCCCUGUCAGGUAUUUCAACCCCAAAUUUUUGCAGAUAUUAUGGGAUAAACUGACUUAUGCCUGUGGAAAUAUGAUUAUACUCAUGCUUCAGAAAUAAACUCUGGACAAUUUAGUAGCACAACUUGUGGUUCAUUAAAAUGGCUAUACACAUCUGACAUAAUUUGCAAGUAAGGUGGUGAGCUCAAAAAAGACCUCAGUAGGCGGGUGCUAGUCCCACAUCUUGAUACUGUCUGGGGUCAACAGGGGUUGCAUUCAAUCUGACCUUAUCUUCAGUAGUAGCUAAAGCCGAAAUUCCUACUAUCAAUUUCAUUCCAACAACUGACACUCUCAGUCAAUUACAUCCAGUCAAAGUAGAAGUAUUAAGUUCAAUUUUAUUGAUGUGUAAAGAGGAGGCAUCUUUAACACCUACAGCAUCAAUGUAUUUGUUAUAGUGCUUGCUAUAGCACAGACAGGGCUGAUUCUAGACUAUUGUGCAGCCUUGGCAAGACCACCUACUUUGCCAACAUUGUGUGUCUUUCUCCACCCAGCCUCUUUGUGUGUCUCUUCCUUCCCCAACUACUUGGUGUGUCUCUUUUUUCCUACCCCAGCCCCUCUGCGAGUCUCUUCCCCAGCACCUUUGUGUUUCUGUUUCUCCCCUCCAGUCUCUUUGUGUCUCCCCCUUUGUGUGUCUCUUUCUCUUCCCCCAGCCCAUUUUUGUAUCUCUCUCCCAGGCCCUUUGCUUGUAUCUCCUCCCCGGCCCUCUUGCGUGUCUCUUUUUUCCUUGUCCAGCCUAUCUGUAUGUCAUUGUCCCCUUCCCCAACCCCCCUGUGUAUGUCACUGUCCCUUUCUCCAGGCUUUCAGUGUGUGUCACUGUCCCCUCCCCUAGCCCCUCUGUGUGCUACUGUCCCAUUCCUCAGCCCCUCUGAGUGUUUCUGCGUCUCCUUUCACAGCCCCUCUGUCUGUGCAUAUCAAUGUCUCCUUCUCCAGCCCUUCUGUGUGUGUCAUUGGUAACUGCCCCAAUUUAACUGCUUUUAGAACAGAACAACAGUAAAUCCCCCAGUUUUGUCCAUAAGGACAGCAGGGGUAAAUCUUUUUUUUUUUUUUUUUACCACUAGAUGUCAUGCUUUCCUAAAUUUUGUCAAUCUGUCACAUAUUUAAUCUUUGCAAAUACAAUUUAAUCAGAGAGUGUUUUAGCUGCUUUUAACACCUAUAAGACUAGAUGCCCAAAAAUUCAGACUCCAUAGAUAACAAUGAGAGGCGUCUUACCUUCUAAUGUGAGCAAAGCACAAUGGCCUCAAUUUUAGAUUUUUGGAUAAGCUUUUCAAAUGAUUUAAUAUUUUUGGAUUCAUGUUUUUUCCUCAUUAAAAUGAAAGACAACUAGCUACGUAAAGAGCGUAUAGAAAAACUAUGCACAUAAGAUUUAUGAAGCACUAUUCUAGAACGAAUACUUUACUUAGAGCAUUUAAAACACUGAAACACUGCUAAAGAGAAGUUAGGGACAAGUGAAGAACAGAAAAAAAAGAGAGAGACUUACUCUGAUUACGUUAACAGAUGGAGUGAAGGACAAGAAAAAUAGACCUGAAUGUAGAUUUUUAAAUGAAAAAUAUAUAUAGUUUUUAUUUUUUGUUAGUUUAUUUUUUUUUUUUUUUUUACUCUCCCCUCUUAAAUCCAUUUUAAUAUUUAAGAAAAAGGAAAAAGAAAAAGGAAAAAGAAAAAUUAAGAUCUAAAAGUAUUUUUAAAUAAGGGCUCAAGCAAUAAAAUAUAGUUCUGGUAGCAUUGAAUUAAGAGUAGAAGAGGAAGAAAAAGAAAAGAGAAGAGAAAGACAUAUAAGGAUAAAGGUCUAGGAGUUUUCUUCUUUCUUCUUGUUCUUGUCUGCUCCGGGCCUCACAUCCUGAAAGGUUGUUAGUGUAAACAAAGACAGUACACAAGUUGAUAGAGGUGAGGACUCUUUUUAAAGUCUUCAGUAUGAAAUGUUUAGUCAACGCCUAUGUGUUAUGUAUUUGCUUUUUUACAUCUUUUUUAAUGUUGAUUUAGUCAUCGAGAGUUCCCCAGUAUUCUCAAUAGAAAUUAGACUCAAUAGAUUUGUAUGACUUAAAAAUGGUUAGAUUUGUUACAAUUCACAUACAAGGCCUUAAUAUACCACAAAACAAUGAGCAUUUCAAGAUUAUUUGCUAAAGGAGAAUAUUCAAUUGGCAUUUGUCCAGGAGACUCACUGGUGCCAGGGUGAUGAAAAAAGAUGGAAUAGCAAAAGAUCCCCAUUGAAAAUUUGUGCACCAAGACAAAAGGGAAAUAGCAAUGCUUUUUUCAUAUACAUUAAAAGUUAAUAUUAAAUAUACAUAUACAGAACGGGAAGGCAGAUUUAUUAUCAUGGCAUGUACUACAGGGAGUGCAGAAUUAUUAGGCAAAUGAGUAUUUUGACCACAUCAUCCUCUUUAUGCAUGUUGUCUUACUCCAAGCUGUAUAGGCUCGAAAGCCUACUACCAAUUAAGCAUAUUAGGUGAUGUGCAUCUCUGUAAUGAGAAGGGGUGUGGUCUAAUGACAUCAACACCCUAUAUCAGGUGUGCAUAAUUAUUAGGCAACUUCCUUUCCUUUGGCAAAAUGGGUCAAAAGAAGGACUUGACAGGCUCAGAAAAGUAAAAAAUAGUGAGAUAUCUUGCAGAGGGAUGCAGCACUCUUAAAAUUGCAAAGCUUCUGAAGCGUGAUCAUCGAACAAUCAAGCGUUUCAUUCAAAAUAGUCAACAGGGUCGCAAGAAGCGUGUGGAAAAACCAAGGCGCAAAAUAACUGCCCAUGAACUGAGAAAAGUCAAGCGUGCAGCUGCCACGAUGCCACUUGCCACCAGUUUGGCCAUAUUUCAGAGCUGCAACAUCACUGGGGUGCCCAAAAGCACAAGGUGUGCAAUACUCAGAGACAUGGCCAAGGUAAGAAAGGCUGAAAGACGACCACCACUGAACAAGACACACAAGCUGAAACGUCAAGACUGGGCCAAGAAAUAUCUCAAGACUGAUUUUUCUAAGGUUUUAUGGACUGAUGAAAUGAGAGUGAGUCUUGAUGGGCCAGAUGGAUGGGCCCGUGGCUGGAUUGGUAAAGGGCAGAGAGCUCCAGUCCGACUCAGACGCCAGCAAGGUGGAGGUGGAGUACUGGUUUGGGCUGGUAUCAUCAAAGAUGAGCUUGUGGGGCCUUUUCGGGUUGAGGAUGGAGUCAAGCUCAACUCCCAGUCCUACUGCCAGUUCCUGGAAGACACCUUCUUCAAGCAGUGGUACAGGAAGAAGUCUGCAUCCUUCAAGAAAAACAUGAUUUUCAUGCAGGACAAUGCUCCAUCACACGCGUCCAAGUACUCCACAGCGUGGCUGGCAAGAAAGGGUAUAAAAGAAGAAAAUCUAAUGACAUGGCCUCCUUGUUCACCUGAUCUGAACCCCAUUGAGAACCUGUGGUCCAUCAUCAAAUGUGAGAUUUACAAGGAGGGAAAACAGUACACCUCUCUGAACAGUGUCUGGGAGGCUGUGGUUGCUGCUGCAUGCAAUGUUGAUGGUGAACAGAUCAAAACACUGACAGAAUCCAUGGAUGGCAGGCUUUUGAGUGUCCUUGCAAAGAAAGGUGGCUAUAUUGGUCACUGAUUUGUUUUUGUUUUGUUUUUGAAUGUCAGAAAUGUAUAUUUGUGAAUGUUGAGAUGUUAUAUUGGUUUCACUGGUAAUAAUAAAUAAUUGAAAUGGGUAUAUAUUUGUUUUUGUUAAGUUGCCUAAUAAUUAUGCACAGUAAUAGUCACCUGCACACACAGAUAUCCCCCUAACAUAGCUAUAACUAAAAACAAACUAAAAACUACUUCCAAAAAUAUUCAGCUUUGAUAUUAAUGAGUUUUUUGGGUUCAUUGAGAACAUGGUUGUUGUUCAAUAAUAAAAUUAAUCCUCAAAAAUACAACUUGCCUAAUAAUUCUGCACUCCCUGUAUUAAUGCCGAAACAUUUACUUUAGUAAAUCUUUAUCUCCGAAAUAAGAACCCUUUGAGUCUCUUGAGGCAAGUGCUCACCAGAGCAAAUAAAGUAAAAAUGGGUCUUUAUAUAAUAUCUGGUGAUUUUAAUUCUACACAAGAUCCCUAUUUAGACAAACUAACAAGUAAAAACAUUAUAUUAGAACAAAGUACUCUAAAAAAAGCUAGAAUUUGUAAAAUCUAACAAAAAAAAAGAAUAAUUAUAUGCUAUAUGGAGAGUCAUUAACCCUCAAAACAAAGAUAACACAUUUUGUUAAUGGCCUCAUGACUCAUUCUAGGAUCGAUUACUUUUUGUGCGAAUCAAAACUAGUUGAAAGAAAAUAAUAUUGAAAUUAAAUGCCAUGGUCCGAUCAUAACAGCAUUAUAUUAGACUUAAAUGUUAAAAGUUCAUCCAAAAACCACCUAGAGACUGGAUGAAUCUUUGUUUCAAAAUAAAACUAUUAAAGAACACUUAGUUAAGACGGCGAAGUAUUACUGUGAAGAAAAUAUCAAUGGACAGGUAGAGGAUGAUACGGCUUGGUGUACACAUAAAGCAGUGAUUAGGGGACAUUAAAUGGAGAAAUAGUAGAUCAAGAGCAAAUUUACCAACUUUACAUAUUGAAUUGUAUAAUCUAGCCAGAGAAAACAAUACAAACCCUUCUAAAGAAAAAAUAAUAAUAAUAGGGGAAAUCAAACGAGAUUCAAAAUAAAACAUUAGAGAAAAUAAAUAAAAAAUAUGUUAAAGCUGAAAGUAAAAUAUUAUCAAAGAUAUACUAGAGCAGAUACAAUUCUAACUAAUCAGUUGAAAAAAAAAGAAAUCUAGUUAAUUUAAUUGAAACAAUAGAACAAAGGAUAAAAUCUGUUUACUACCGGAAGAGAGAGGGAAGGUUUUUAAUCAAUAUUAUUCAAGAUUAUAUAACCUUUCAAUUAAGACUCCAUUGAUUUCGAUAAAAGAAUAUAUUAAUUUUACUAUCUUACCAAAAAUAUCAGAAGAAAAGGGUUCCUUAGUAAAUAAAGAAAUAACUAGGAAAGAACUUACAAGAGCAAUAGAAAACUUACCUGGAUAUAAAACCCCGGGACCAGACGGGUUUGGGAAUGGUUUUUAUAAAAUUAUGAAACUUCAAAUUAUAGAUCAUUUAACUAAUACAAUUUUUAUUUUAUUCUUUAUUUCUAUUUUUGUGCAUAAAGAAAAAUCAUUACACAUAUUGCCAGAAUCAUAAGAACAAAUGGUUAUGUAAAUAACCAGAUAAUAGAUAUUCAUGGCAUUUGUAUCUAGUGCACUUUUUGAGUGGGCUAGGCAGCUGUAAGGGUUUGUCCAGCUUUAGGUACUGAAUUUCCUUUAUGGGUUAGGUAUCGUGAGGUGUGGCGUGUGGUCGCUUGGCCUUGUUAGUCUUGGUGUGCCCCGUCAUCUGUAAGUUCACUGUCUAGAUGGUAAGGGUAGUUGGGAGUUUAGCUGUCUAGAUGGUAAGUGUAGUUGGGAGUUUUAUUCGGUGAUAAGUAGUGCAUGAGGUCGCAUUUAUUCAUAUCAUAUAGUCGAGUCGUGAAGUCCUCGGUAUGUUUGCUUGUUCGCUAAUGUAGUCGUGGUUUGCAAGCUAGGGAGUUUAAGGGGCGUUGGUAGUGGCCAGUGCCUAGUGGCAUCUAGUAGACCAGGGUUAUAUUAGUCAUGCCAGCUGCUCAUAUUCGAGCUGACUUUCCCAGUCCUAUAUGGGCACUGUGGGUGGGGGGAGUUAUGUACGUCAUACAUCAUCAGAGUUUGCUGUUCAAGUCUCUAGAAACAGUAAAAAAAAAAUGAGAAAUGUAAACAGUUGUCAUCUUGUGUGGGAGGCUCAUCGUUCAGGUCACCGGGCCUCCUUCUGCUUCGCUGGUUGAGGGUGGCGAAUGUGUCAGAGUCCAAGAUUGGGUGCGGGGUUGGAGCCCCAAUGUGGCAAUGUGGCAAGCAAGGCUAGACCCUCUUCCGGCUCUGAUAUCUUGUAGGCUUUAUCUUCUUUGCUGGUCCAUAUUGCUCUAGGUGUUGCCCAUCUGUACGUGAGUCCAGCGGUUUGUAAGGUGGUGGUAAUGGGCUGCAUGCUUUUGCGCCCUGCUUAAGUCCUGAAAAGAAGGCAAUGCAGCACUGUUCAAAUUCAUAUGGCGGCCAUUAGGGCUAUUUUGUCUGUUAGCUUCUGGCACCUUAAGAUCAGGUCGCAGUGGAGUGUCGUGCGGUCCCUGCGGUGAUCUGUCAAUCCGGUACAUGCUAUCGAAGGAUAAGUUUUUGACUUGUCUUGUGGGUAACAGUGAUGCUACCAGGCGCCUUAUAAAAUGAGGCAGUUCUUCCAGGGGUAUCGAUUCCAGGACCCCCUGGAUUUUCACGUUCUUCCUCCUCCCUCUGUCAUCUAGCACAUUGACUUGCCUGUUGAGGGUGGUGUGUGAGGCCUGCAUCUGUUGUACUGUUUCUCUCAGGUCGUUCAGGCCUUGUUGUAGCGUCUGCACCUCUUUCUCUGUGGCCUGGGUAUAGACUGUGACCAUUUGCACUUCAGCUGCGAGCCCCUUCAGGUCUGCCUGCCACAUUUGUUGGAGGUUACGUGUGGACGCUGGGGUACCUGUCCCCCUGGUCUUAGGGGCUUAUAUUCUGGCUGUUGCCGAGCUCUAUGGGGAGUCUUCUUCCUCCGGUGACUUAUUGCGGCCAUCUUACCACACGCACAGGCCAGGAAACUGCCCACUGAUACCUGCUUCCGGGUAGGGAUCGACCGAUUAUCGGUUUUACCGAUAUAAUCGGCCGAUAUUCGGUAUUCUCGGCAAUAUCGGUAUCGGCCAAUUCAGAUACCGAUAUUGCCGAUAAUACCUCCUAGGACCGCCGGGCUCAUUACAAGCCCGGCGGUCCUGGGGGGGCGGAGAGCAAGCGCUUACUCACCUCCCAGCAGCUCCUCCAGCUCCCCAAUGCAACUCUCGCGAGACCCGCGGCCUUCCGAGCGUUGCCAUGGAUCACCAUGGCAACGCUCCGCGCGACACGCUGGCCGCGAGAGUUGCAUUGGGGAGCUGGAGGAGCUGCUGGGAGGUGAGUAAGCGCUUGCUCUCCGCCCCCCCAGCUCAGCCAAUACCACCAGGGACUGUCAUAUCCCCCUCCCUGGCCAGGUAACAAGCAGGGAGGGGGGACAACAAAAAUAAAUAAGGCCAGGUAACAAGCAGGGAGGGGGGACAACAAAAAUAAAUAAGAAUUAAUUAUACAUUUUUUUUAAAUAAUUUAAUAAAAAAUGCCCCCUCACACACUGCAUUAUAUACACAUACACUACACAAACACACUGUGUAUAUAAUACAGUGUGUGUUUGUAUAGUGUGUGUGUGUGUUUGUAUACAAUGCACACAAAUACACUGCAUUAUAUACACACACUAUACAAACACACUGUGUAUAUAAUGCAGUGUUUGUGUAGUGUGUUUAUAUAAUGCAGUGUGUGUUUGUAUAGUGUGUGUAUAUAAUUCAGUGUGUUUGUAUAGUGUGUGUAUAUAAUGCAGUGUGUGUGUUUGUAUAGUGUGUGUGUAUAAUGCAGUGUGUGUUUGUGUAGUGUGUUUAUAUAAUGCAGUGUGUGUUUGUAUAGUGUGUGUAUAUAAUUCAGUGUGUUUGUAUAGUGUGUGUGUGUAUAUAAUGCAGUGUGUGUGUUUGUAUAGUGUGUGUGUAUAAUGCAGUGUGUGUUUGUGUAGUGUGUUUAUAUAAUGCAGUGUGUGUUUGUAUAGUGUGUGUAUAUAAUUCAGUGUGUUUGUAUAGCGUGUGUGUAUAUAAUGCAGUGUGUGUGUUUGUAUAGUGUGUGUGUAUAAUGCAGUGUGUGUUUGUGUAGUGUGUUUAUAUAAUGCAGUGUGUGUUUGUGUAGUGUUUAUAUAAUGCAGUGUGUGUUUGUGUAGUGUGUUUAUAUAAUGCAGUGUGUGUUUGUAUAGUGUUUAUAUAAUGCAGUGUGUUUGUGUAGUGUGUAUAUAAUGCAGUGUGUGUGUUUGUGUAGUGUUUAUAUAAUUCAGUGUUUGUGUAGUGUGUUUAUAUAAUGCACACUACACAAACACACUGCAUUAUAUAAACACACUACAUUCACUAUACACACACUACACAAAUACACACACACUCUGCAUUCAUUAUAUACACACACACUUUGAAUUUAGUAUAUACAGCAUUCACUUUACGCACACUACCCACACACUCUGCUUUCAUUAUAUACACACUACACUAAUACACACUGCAUCCACUACACACACUAGACAAAUACACACUGCAUCCCCUACACAAACACACAUUGCAUCCUCCACACACUGCAUCCACAACACACACACUACACAAACACACACAGCUCCCCUGUCACACUGCAUCCACUGCACGUUGCAUGUAUAUUUUGUGCAUUUACCUUUAGAAAUAGUUUUUAUUUUCCAAAAUGGUAAAUGUACAGAAUAUCGGCAAAUUAUAUCGGCUAUCGGCCUGAAAGUUCACAGAAUAUCGGUAUCGGUAUCGGCUCUAAAAAAUCAAUAUCGGUCGAUCCCUACUUCCGGGUUGCUAAACCAACACAGGCACCGGCUACCGCCACCCGAGACGUGAUCAUGCGAUGUCACUCAAUCUCAAACAGAAACCGCGUCAUGGCCGUGGUGCGGAACAAAACCCCACUCGACUUUGAGUAAGCCCACAUCACAUUUUUCCGAGACCUGACAAGAGGCACGCUGCAGUGGCGCAGAGCCUUGGGUCCAAUGCUCGGUUAUUUAAGCCCCAUCUUUAACUGCCAUUAGAGUCCUGGGUCCGGCGUGGACUAUAGAUGGGCCGUACCCAGGACUCUAAUGGCAGUUAAAGAUGGGGCCACCCACAGACUUACCUCCCUGAACGAAGGAACAUCAUUCCUGCAGGCCCUGGGACUCCCACCACCACCGGCAGCCUCAAAGGGAACCCCACUAGAACUGUCUCGUUCACACCACAUACAGCAGCAAGGCCGGGGGCCCCCACCUGAAAGGCAGUCCGACAUAAUGAAAGCUCCAGCACUACAUAGACUCUCAUGCAGCCCUUAAAUAACCGAGCAUGCUUAUUACUGAAUUUAAGGUUUAACAGUUGCAUAGGCUCAUCUUUAGCAACAUCGAUUUUUUUUUUUUUUUAAAGUGUUUUGUUUUUCUGACUCACCUCAUAGGAAAUGUUAAGGCACACUGAGCCCCAUGGCCACAGCCACCUCGCGCCGCAAGCCUUGAAUUUUAUCCAAAGGCAUGCAGCAUUCCCCCGCCAGAGAGUCAAUCUCAAUGCCCAGAAAACAGACAAAAGGGACAAAAGUGACUGGGCCCACCGUCUUGUCGUGAGCCAACGGGACCCCAAACUGAUGGAACACCUCACUCAGAAUCCCCACAGCAUUGCACAGGCUGGCGAAUUGGCGGGACCCACACAAAGGAAAUCAUCGAGGUAGUGUAGCAAGGAGUCUAUUCCAGCUUCCUUCCUCACCACCCAGUCCAAGAAUGUGCUGAAGCAUUUAAAGUAAAAGCAGGAUAUGGAACAACCCAUAGGGAGGCACAUAUCCACAUAAUACCGGUCUUCAAAAACACAGCCAAGACACAACCAAGACCAUGGCGACCGCUGCGUCAAAGGACGCAUAAGACACUCGGCAGAGUUCCGAAGAGAUGUCAUCAUUCACCGAACCCCCCUGGGGUACGAUAAAUGGUGAAUCAGACGGUAUUUCCCUUGCUCCUUUUUGGGCACCACACCCAGGGGGGAGACCCGCAAAUCCGGGAGCAGGGGUCCCUAAAGGGACCAGCCAUCCGACCCAACGACACCUCCUUACUCAGUUUUUCCCGAACCACCCAUGGGAAUUCCCGGACCGACUGAAGGUUCAGAACCAGAGGCGCCGAGGCAACCGAUGCCAGCUUGGCCACCCACCCCAGAAGAGGGGGACCGUGACACCAGGAACCGCCAGAACCCCCCGUGGCUGCAGCGCUGAGGACCACACUGACCGAAGCUGACCAUCCAAUAGGGGGACCCUACCUGCUUGCGCAUCCUGCUCCCACUGAUCAAGAAAACCCCUAAGCCCUGACAGAAACCCCCCCAGCGAGGCUUCCCUAAUUGAAAAAAAGAAAAAUUUGUAAACUCACCAGCCGAUGCCCGAGGAACCUCCUGCGGCAAAGGAUAUGAAGAUGAUCCAGGUAGGACAGAGUUAACUUCAUUUUCAGUACUGCUCAGCCUUGCAGCAGUACCAGGUGCCAUCUGCUGGACGGUCCCAGGAACUGCAGCCACAGCAGCCAGAUCCUGUGAGAAGAGCAGCGGAGAGGAGGUAAGCUCUGCAGAGGAGGGCAGCGAGGUGAGUACCCAGGGGGGGCAGGAGUGACAUAGGGACCAGGAAUACAGGGAGUGCAGAAUUAUUAGGCAAAUGAGUAUUUUGACAACAUCAUCCUCUUUAUGCAUGUUGUCUUACUCCAAGCUGUAUAGGCUCGAAAGCCUACUACCAAUUAAGCAUAUUAGAUGAUGUGCAUCUCUGUAAUGAGAAGGGGUGUGGUCUAAUGACAUCAACACCCUAUAUCAGGUGUGCAUAAUUAUUAGGCAACUUCCUUUCCUUUGGCAAAAUGGGUCAAAAGGACUUGACAGGCUCAGAAAAGUCAAAAAUAGUGAGAUAUCUUGCAGAGGGAUGCAGCACUCUUAAAAUUGCAAAGCUUCUGAAGCAUGAUCAUCGAACAAUCAAGCGUUUCAUUCAAAAUAGUCAACAGGGUCGCAAGAAGCGUGUGGAAAAACCAAGGCGCAAAAUAACUGCCCAUGAACUGAGAAAAGUCAAGCGUGCAGCUGCCACGAUGCCACUUGCCACCAGUUUGGCCAUAUUUCAGAGCUGCAACAUCACUGGGGUGCCCAAAAGCACAAGGUGUGCAAUACUCAGAGACAUGGCCAAGGUAAGAAAGGCUGAAAGACGACCACCACUGAACAAGACACACAAGCUGAAACGUCAAGACUGGGCCAAGAAAUAUCUCAAGACUGAUUUUUCUAAGGUUUUAUGGACUGAUGAAAUGAGAGUGAGUCUUGAUGGGCCAGAUGGAUGGGCCCGUGGCUGGAUUGGUAAAGGGCAGAGAGCUCCAGUCCGACUCAGACGCCAGCAAGGUGGAGGUGGAGUACUGGUUUGGGCUGGUAUCAUCAAAGAUGAGCUUGUGGGGCCUUUUCGGGUUGAGGAUGGAGUCAAGCUCAACUCCCAGUCCUACUGCCAGUUCCUGGAAGACACCUUCUUCAAGCAGUGGUACAGGAAGAAGUCUGCAUCCUUCAAGAAAAACAUGAUUUUCAUGCAGGACAAUGCUCCAUCACACGCGUCCAAGUACUCCACAGCGUGGCUGGCAAGAAAGGGUAUAAAAGAAGAAAAUCUAAUGACAUGGCCUCCUUGUUCACCUGAUCUGAACCCCAUUGAGAACCUGUGGUCCAUCAUCAAAUGUGAGAUUUACAAGGAGGGAAAACAGUACACCUCUCUGAACAGUGUCUGGGAGGCUGUGGUUGCUGCUGCAUGCAAUGUUGAUGGUGAACAGAUCAAAACACUGACAGAAUCCAUGGAUGGCAGGCUUUUGAGUGUCCUUGCAAAGAAAGGUGGCUAUAUUGGUCACUGAUUUGUUUUUGUUUUGUUUUUGAAUGUCAGAAAUGUAUAUUUGUGAAUGUUGAAAUGUUAUAUUGGUUUCACUGGUAAUAAUAAAUAAUUGAAAUGGGUAUAUAUUUGUUUUUUGUUAAGUUGCCUAAUAAUUAUGCACAGUAAUAGUCACCUGCACACACAGAUAUCCCCCUAACAUAGCUAAAACUAAAAACAAACUAAAAACUACUUCCAAAAAUAUUCAGCUUUGAUAUUAAUGAGUUUUUUGGGUUCAUUGAGAACAUGGUUGUUGUUCAAUAAUAAAAUUAAUCCUCAAAAAUACAACCUGCCUAAUAAUUCUGCACUCCCUGUAGGGACAGAAGGGAUAGGAGGGGGGGAGGAGUGAGGGAGACAGAGAGAGAGCCAGGAGGGGGAGCAGAUAGAGGAUGGACACCCAGCCCAGCAGGAACAGUGGAGGAGGGAAAGGGGGCUCCAAAGGGUGAGGAAAGGGAUGGCAUCACAGGGGAGUUGGAGGGAACCCCAGAGAGAGAAGGAAUUGUGGACAGAACCCGGGAAGGAAUGGGGGACCCCCCCUGGCCGACCCUCAUCCCCAGAGAGCCCGGGGAGGACCCCCCUUCACCCCCCAACGGCAGCACAACCGUGCCCCUGAGGGGUCCACUCACCGCCACCGGCCCGGCUCUGGAUCUGCCAGUGCGCCGACCAUGUGGGGGUUGGGAAGGCCUCCCAGAUCCCCCAGGAUGCUCAGCAUGACUUCUGGUACCCCUGGCCCGCUGUCCACAGCUGGGGGGUGCACGGGAGGCGGCAGUAGUAGCAGGCCACGUGUCAGAUGGAGCUAACACGCGGGCCUGGCGGUGCCUUGGGCCCAGUCUCCGGCUCCUAUACCGGGACCGAGGUGAGGGAUCAGGGCUCAGCCGAGCAGGCGGGCGUGAGCUCCGGCCCAAGCUCCUGCGGCCUACAGGGGCUGUAGCCACGUGGGAUGCCACAGGAGAGGCCUGACCGUGGGGGGUGAGGUUGGAGGUGAGCAUAUUGCUCCCUUAAGUGCCUACCGCCAUCCAGGGCAGCAGCAGCUCUGAGGCCAGACAGGAUGCCUUCAAUAUCCAUAACACUACAAUGUUUGAUUGCUGUUAAAGUAAUAGUUGGUAGAAAUUGGAAAAGUGAAAAAGAUUAUGGUCAAACAAAAAUAAAUGCACAAUUGAUAUAUCAAUUAAAAAUGGAAAGAGGAUAUCCAGAUAUCCAGAAUCUAACCACUAACAGAUAGGUAAAAAAUAAGAAUGAGUAAUGAGAUAAGAUUCAUUGGGAACGCUUGAUGACUUUUUUUUUUGUUUGUUUGUGGAUUCUGUGUGCUUUGUCUCAGAUAAGAGUUACGUGUUAAUAUACACAUUCUCUGUAACAUUUUAAUAUUGGUAAUCCUAUCAUUGUUGCGUUUGUUUACUUGGGAAACUCAGUCCCUACGGACAGGUGCUGGGUUUCCACGUUUCUUGUACUUGAAAUGACAAAAAAUAAAAAAUGACGAUAUAAAUGAAAAAGGAAAAAUAAUAUUUUUGGAUAUAAUUUUCGAAUGAUUUAUCUACAAAAAUUCCCAUGGACUUUAAUGGUAACUUCUGUAGAUAAAUAAUAUGAAAAAUGUAUUAAAAAUAUUCAAGCUUUUGAGAAGCUUAUAAAAAAAAUAUUGAACUGAGGCCAGUGAUGGAAAGCAAAGCUGAUGGUAAUGUGAGAACAAAUGCUGAAAAGUUAAGUAUCCAUUUUAUCUUUUUUUUACUAUUACUUUGGAUUGGUUGUAUUUAUUAUGUUGUAUAAAUGAAUGGGAGCUGGAAUUAUUAGCUCUCUUCUGUGGAGAUUCUUUAAUAUUUAAAAAGCAUCAAAUGUCAUCAGUGUGCUUAAGUGCCAUUUCAAAAACUAAUAUUACAUACAAUAGUAUUUCUAAAAAUAAAUGCAAUAUUUAACUUUUUUUUUUAACUUGUAGUUUAUUGAAUAUUUUCCUUAUAAUAGGGGUACAAAAAGGAAAAAGGGAGGUGGGGGGGAGGGGUGUGAAACAAACACAUUUAUGUGUUUACAGGUCUCGUAUAUAAAUGUACCAUGAGUAUGAUACGGUCAACACAGUUUUAACAUAGGUCUAGCAUAGUGUUUUAACAGAUAUUUAUAUAGGCUUAUACUCCAUAUUUAGUACCAUAGUACCAUGUUAGGUGACACAUGUAAGUCACCUAUUGUGACAACUGUUUUAUCCAGUGCUACUCUUCAUCCGCUUAAUAUUUGCUUAUGUCUUAGAUAUAAAAAUAAGGUGUAAGCUAACAUGGUUAUCCUGGGCAUGUUUUAACUAUAUCUAUUCAGUGUCAGAUCUUCUCCGUCUACAUGUGUGUUCAACCUGUACAUUUCCAUCAUCGCCUAGCUGGUACUAUGAGGUGGGGAGUGGGUAUUGUUGUGGUUGUGGGUGUUGUGGGUAGACAGAGAAGCUUAGGGUGUCACAUCUCAUAUCUUUUUCUAGCUCCGUCCAUCUCUGACAAUUAUAUCUCGUGGUAGUGGUUUGCUUUAUUGUGGUAGCAGAUAGCAGUUCGUAUCGGAGAAAUUGCCUUGUUUUGAGCCAUAUCAUUGUUGUAGGUGGACAUUCCAUUUUUUUCCAGUGGCAUGCUAUAACAUUCCGUGUUGCUAAAAUCGUCAAUACCGUUAAUUGUUUAUCUGUGUGGGAUAAUGUACCUGGGAACAGUAGAAACAGGCCCAGUGUAGGUGUAAGUGGUGGGAGUUUGAUUCCCAUUUGUUCCCAAAUUUUUUGUGUUUCUAUCCAUAGUGGGUUAAUAUUUGGGCAUUCCCACCAUAUAUGUGUCAUCGUUCCCUUGUUUCUUCCGCAUCUCCAACAGUCAGGGGAGGUAUGGAGGUAUAUUUUGUGGAGUCUGUCAGGUUUAUAUUACCAUUAGUGAUGUCACGAACCGUUCGCGAACUUCCUGCGAACGGCUCGCCGCGAACGGUUUGUGGCGAACCGCUGCGAGCCGUUCGGGGGAAGUUCACGAACGGUUCGGGACAUCACUAAUUUCUAUCUGUAAAGAAGUUUUUUGUGAGCUUCAGUAUGGGAGUAACAUGUUGUGAUGCCUUUUAGAGCUUGAAGUGAGGUUAACCAUUGUUUAUCUGUGGUGGAGUAAGUACAUUCUCUUCCCCACUGUGUACGAUAUUUAAAUUCCGAGGGCAUCAUCUGGUUUCUCAGUGUAUUGUAGCAUACAGAUAGGGUUUUGUUUUUGACUGGUGAGUGAUGACAACGGUUAUAUAAGAGUGGAAGAUCCUGGUUUGGAGUGUGUGUGGUUGGUGGAGGGUGCACUACUUUGUUCGAUAUCAAGCUUUUUAGUUGGAGAUAUGGGAAAAUAAAGGAUGGAGGUAACUGGAAUGUGUUUUGCAAUUCUGGAAAAGAUGUUAUGGCUCCUUGUUGGCAAAUAUCUGUGAUACGGGCAACCCCUAGUUCUUUCCACUUGUGUAGGGACAGCCACGGGGAGAUAGAGUUAAGGGCUGUGAUAGGUGCCCAGGCGGAGAAGUUUGAGUUGGUCAUGUGGGAGCGGUGAAGGUGGUCCCAGGACUGUAUUGCGUAUUUAGUGAGGGGUAGAAGUAUCUUGUGUUUGUCUCUAAGGUGUUUAGGUGUCCACAUAUAGUCUGUUGCUGAGUUUUUGGGAUCAUAUUCGUUUUCAAGAUCUACCCAUUGUAGUGUGUGUUUUGGUGCAUGAAGUUUAAUUGCAUUUUCAAGGAGUGCGGCUCUCUGGUAGGUUGCAACGUUGGGGAACCCCAAUCCACCUUCUUUAUUAGGGGACUGUAGGAGAGAUAGAGGUAGUCUAGGCUUCUUUUUUUCCCAGACGUAAUUUGAUAGUAUGUUUUGAGUUUGUUUGCUCAAUGUGGGUGAGAAGGGUAUCGGUAACAUCCGAAAUACAUAGAGCAACUUCGAGAGUACAAUCAUUUUUACUGCAGUAAUCCUGCCCAACCAUGACAACAUGACAUCCAUCCAUUUGUGUAGAAUUUGUUUACACAUUUGUGGUAGGGUGGAUAAAUUAAGUGGCAAUAUUUUACUUUUAUGGUGCACUGAAAGGUAAUUAUAAACUGUAUGCUGAGUAUACAUGAUAUCCCAUUUAUAUUCUUUUUUCUCAUAAUACAAACACACCCUCAAGGGCUCUCAUAUAACAUUUCUCAGUUGGAAGUGGCUUGGCUUAAUUACUUUCUAAGAACUUGUAUAGAACAAUGUCAGCUUAGACAAACUGUCUUUUAUACACAAAGGGAUAUCUAUAAAACAUAUUUGAUGAGACAAUGAGAACACUGUGCUCCACCGAUGAAUGACAGAGGUAAUUAGUACAGUUUAUGAAUACGAAAGCUCUUUCACCCUCCAAAUCACAGUCCCAGAAAAUAAAGUACCUUUGCAAUCCUCAUUUCACUGAAAAAGUUAGACUGUGCUGCAAAGAAGUAGGGCCUAGCAUCUUUGGAACUACAAUUUGUUUGGAUUGUCAUUAGCCUCUACAAAGCUAACCAUGUCAUUGAGAUUUUUUUAGAUCAAAAGCAAAUCAUAUGAAAUUCUCACUGAACAGGGACAAUGGGAUUUGCCCUUUUUACAGUACCCGUUCAGAAAGGUCCAACAUUGAUUUUAAAACACUUCUGCUAUUACAGGGAAAACUGAUACACUUAUUACACCAGUUAUAUUCUAUUGAAGUGAAUCCAACCAUAGCAAAUGUGACUCUUAAUUACAUAGUUACAUAGUUACAUAGCUGAAAAGAGACUUGCAUCCAUCAAGUUCAGUCUUCCUCACAUUUGUUUUUUGCUGUUGAUCCAAAAGAAGGCAAAAACAAACCAAGUUUGAAACACUUCCAAUUUUGCAACAAGCUAGGAGAAAAAUUCCUUCUUGACCCCAGAAUUGCAGUCAGAUUUAUCCUUGGAUCAAGCAGUUAUCACCCUACUUUACUGAGUAAGAUACAGUAUCUAUUUACCAGAAAAAUUAUACUAUUGCUAUAGAACCUUUACUUGGUUUACUAUAAUGUGAGUGUCUUUCUAUGUAUUGCAUUUAUUAUAUAUAAUCCCUUUUCUACCUUUUACUGGCAGCCUUGGGUAUGGCUCAGUGUCUCCCCUACUACGAGGUUCCUCACAGGAGCCAAAACUUGUGCUUAGCAAUCGAGAUUAUGAAAUCCAAAUAGUGCCCUCACCCAUGGCUUCUUGGGGAACCAAUGGCACUGAGAUGAUGUUCUUUAUUCUAAACAGGCAAACAGAUAUAAGAUACAACUCCUUUGUAUCAGAAAGAAAAAAAGUGGGUUUCAGGGCAGAUAUUUCACUAAAGCGAGAUAAUUCAAAAGUAAUUUCAAAUUCGAAGUAUAUAUAGCCAAUCUGAAAAACAUUUCAGUAAGUUAUACUUCCAGUUUGGCUUUAUUGACCUUAAAUUUGAAAUUUACUUUGCAUUCGCUUUUAAUUUUCACUAUAGUGAAUAACCCUUCAAGAUUUUCUAUGUAACUUUCACAGUUUCAAAAUUCUAAAGAUCUGUAUAAAGUGGAUGUUUGCAUUCUUGGAGCUAAGUCAAACUAUAUGUCUGCUGCUAGAUAGUAAAUCUCAUUAACCCCUUAAGGACCGAGGACGGUUCAGGACCGUCAUCGGCAUUUUUGCCUUGAGGACCGAUGACGGUCCUGAACCGUCCUAACGGUCAGAGCUACUUACCUGAUCGCCGUCGUUCCCCCGCCGGCGAUCAGCAUGGCUCCGGUUGUGGGGAGACUACCUGCAGCCCAGACAGUCUCCCCACGGCAGAUUAGGACCCCUGUGGCCAUGUGAUCGCUUAACACAGCGAUCACAUGGUCACAAUAGGUGUCCAUGUGUCUGCCUGCAGGGGGACUGUCUGUGCUGACAGGCAGUCUCCCUGCUAGUGUAAAAUCAAAAAAAAAAUAAAGUUAGUGUUAAUUAAAAAAAAUAAAAUAAUUAUAUAUGUGUAUAUAUGAUAUAUAGACAUAUAUUAUAUUUAUAUAAUAUAUGUCUAUAUAUCAUAUAUAUAAUGCCAUACUAAGUGUAUUUUUAUAUUAAUAUGUACUUAUAUUAAUAUAAAAAUACACUUAUAAUUAAAUUACACACGUAUAUAUAUAAUAUAUAUAAUAACUAUAUAUAUUGUAUAUAUAUAUUAUUAUAAAAUAUAAAUAAUAAGUAAUUUAAAUUAAAUAAAAAAUUUUUAAAAUAAUAAUAAAAAAUUUAAAAAAAAUUAUAUAGCUAUAUGAAAUUUUAUUCUAACUGUAUUUUAAAAUUAAUAUAUAUAUAUUUAUAUCAAAAUACACUUAGAAUGAAUUUGUAUAUAUAUCUAUGUAUAUAAAAAUAAAUAAAAAUAAUAAGAAAUAUACAUACGUCCAUAUACAAAAUUACAUAAAUAAUUAUAUAAAUAUACACGUAGACUUCAAAUAUAUAAAUAUGCAUAUAUAUUUAAAUUCUACGUGCGUAUUUAUGUAAUAUUUUUACAUAAUUCAGUAAUUUUAUUGAUUGCAAUUUGAGGGACCUGCCUGCCAACCCAGGCCGAAAUUCCAGAGAAUUUAAUUUGCUAGCACUGUAUUUUACCCUGUAAUGUUCUACGACACCCUAAAACCUGUACAUGGGGGGUACUGUUUUACUCGGGAGACUUCGCUGAACACAAAUAUUAGUGAUUCAAAACAGUAAAACAUAUCACAGCGAUGAUAUUGUCAGUGAAAGUUACUUUUUUUGCAUUUUUCACACACAAACAGAACUUUUACUGAUGAUAUAAUUGUUGUGCUACGUUUUCCAGUUUUUAAACACUAAUAUUUGUGUUCAGCGGGGCGGGAUGUGGACGUGACGACGUCAGGGAUACGUGGGGUGCGUAGCGUGGCGUGCACGCCGCUGGGUUAAGCCGAGCUGGAGUCCCACUUGGGGAAGAGGCGAAACGCCGAAUAAAUACCGGAGAUAUAGCAUAGACACUCGAUGCAUGUCCCCACAAGAGCGGUAAUCCAAGUCCACACUGAAGGGCUCGGUUGCUGUGCGGGCUGAAUAUACACGACCGAAGGAAAAUCUGUACCAAUUUGCUUCCUCGUUUUUAUUACAACUCUGUCUCACAGCAAGACAAGGUAGUUGGAAUGGCAGUGUUCUUGAAAACUGUUGUGGAAGUGUGCCUGAAUCAAAGACGCUGAUUUUCAGAGUGUUUGGCAAAUAAAAGGUAGAGUGGAAUUUUUUAUACUGGAGCAGAGGUGAGCACAAAAGCUAAGAGUGCAAUGAGAUUUCAGUCUCACUGAAUUAAUAAGAGUUGAUAUGACACACUUAUAGUUGAUAAAAAAAAAAAAAAUUCGAGCAAAUAAUAUAUUGAAUAAUGCACUAUAAGGGAGUAACAUUGCCAAUUAUACUGCAUGUGUAAUUUAUAACGCUGUGGAUGCGAGCUUAGAUCCAAGAAGACGCUUGCUAAGGUGACUGGCAUAUAAAGAGACUGAGUGGAAUUUUAUAUUUCCUAUUUGAAAUAGAGGAAGCAUUAGAGUUACAUGAGACUGGUAAAUAAAGUGAAAGAGCUGAACCCUAUUCUUGAAGUAGAGGCGAGCACCAGAUGUAAAUGUGCAAUUAAACUCUGAGCCAUAUAGACAUAUUAAGAACUUGUUUGAGCUGUAUACUAUUGAAUUGUUAAGCACUCGAGUGGAUGCCAUACUGCUGAAUUAAUCAAGUACGAAAAGGCAUAGCACGUUUAAUAAUUGGAAUCAUAAGAUCUAAAACUGAACCAUUAUAGUUAAAGGAAAGUUGAAUUUCUUUGUUAAAUUGGGGAAAACAAAUAAAUAAAAAUAAAAAAAUAGAAAAAAAAAAAAAUAGAAUGACAACAAGGAAAACAGCGGAUCAGAAACAAGACUUGAAGUCUCUUUCAAAAAAAGACUGCGAAAAAAAAGAAAAACAGGAAAAGAGACUUUCAAAUUUUUUUAAUGCUCCAGUAGAUAAAAGCACUUCGGAAUCCUCUUUGAUCUCCACGCCAAACAAAAUGCCUUUAAGUAAGCACACAGGAGAUUUAAAGGAGACAGAACCACAAGAAUCUCCAGAGGAACUAACGAUCACUCAAGCAUAUUUAAAACAAUGUUUAGAUCAACAAUUGGAUCAAAUAAAAUUAGAAAUGCAGGGGAACUUUGUAAAUCUAAAGCAGGAAAUAAUAUCCAUUGGACAAAAAGUUAAAAUAAAUGAACAGAAAAUAGAAAAUUUGGAAUUCCUCCUACAGAAGCAAAAAGAAUCUAUAGAGAAACAACAAAUGAAGAUUAAUGAACUGGAGGAGAGAUUAACUAACAUAGAAGAUAGAGGAAGAAAAAAUAAUUUAAGAAUAAGAAACAUACCAGAAUCUAUUUCGCAAGGUUAUUUGGCAAAUUUUCUUGCGGAAUUUUUUGAAGCUCUCAAAAUCAACAUCGAUGAUAAAAGGGACUUUCUUGAAAGAUCUCAUCGGUUAAAUAAACCAAGAACACUUCCAGAUGAUCUUCCAAGAGAUAUAAUUAUCGCCUGCCAUUCCUACUCAUUUAGAGAAAAAUUUUUAAAAGCAGCAAGACAAACGGAAAGAGAUCAAGGCAAAUUUAAAGAUAUAAAAGUUUUUCCAGAUUUAUCCUUCCAAACAAGGCAAGCGAGAAAACAAUUUAUUCCAGCUACUCUGCGUUUGAGGGAAAAAGACCUAAAAUAUCGAUGGGGAUUUCCAACUAAACUUAUAGUUACUAAGGAUGGGACUAUAUACAUAUUUGACUCACUUGAUAAGGUCACAAAGUGGUUGAAAAAUUUGGUUUAAUUAUGGUAAUAACUUGAAUAAGUAAGAUUCAGCUCUCUGAUCAAUCUAGAUUUAACCCCUACUAGACUUUACUGGGAAAGGUUUAAUAGUUUUGUUAAAGCAUUAUGUAUCACUUUAGGGAUUUAUGAUUAAGCACUGAUGAAAUUAAUAUGUGGGUAUGGUGAAGAAUGUUUAUUAUAAGGGAAAACAUUUAGAGUAGUACAAGUUAUAGAAUAAAUGAUAGUAAGAAUGCAAAAAUUGGUGAAUUUAAAUAGGUAAGAUAUGUGGAUUAUUUUCACAAUGUAGCACUAAAUAAGUAAAUCUAAAAUAAAAUAAUAGAUAUAAGUGGCACUUACAAAAAUGGAUUAAAUGAAAGUAGGUAGAAUUAUAAUUAUAGAGAUUAAAGUAUUGGAAUAGCAGGGAUGAUCACUGGAGUUACUUUAGGAUAUUUUUAAAAUUAUUGAAACACGGAAAUUUUAUUGAGACUAUAGAAAGAUAAAAUAUCUGCACUUGGGAAAUAGUUAUAUGCACUUGGAAAAUAAAAAUGGAAAUGUUUGUUAGUAAGUAAGUAAUAUUUUCACAAAUAGUUUUAAGACAGAAGUAUGGGAAAAGUUGGUAGGGAUUUGUAAAUAAUGAGAAGAGGAGAGAACUGGAUAGAUUCUUUAAUAUAAACAGAAGAGUCUAAAAUGUUGAUGUAGAGAAGCUUUGUAAUAAAUGCUUGGUGGGGGGAGGUAAUGCGGUAUGGUAGUAGGCGAAGACAAUAGGCAAAAUUAAGGGACGCUCCUAGCUCAGCUUUUAAUUUUUCCUCAUUUAGGAAUUUUCUAUAUGAGGACUAGACUCCAUUUAGGGGAUUUUUCCCUUUUGGAUCUAUACCCAGAGGUUAAUACUCAGGGUUUGUUGAAUGAUUGCCUCUUGUAUAUGAGAGGACGGGGUAUGUUUGGUAUGAAAGUGGUAGUUGUGAAGGGGGCUCAUCCUCAGAAUAGAAAGAAGUUCAGAAAUAACUUUAAUAAGUACAAAGGUGAUGGUUAUCAGAUUUGGAAGAAUCCCAAGAAGAGAUUAAAAAAGAGAAAUGGUUAAAGUUAUAUCGUUAAAUGUUCAGGGUUUAAAUUCCCCUAGUAAACGAGCAAUUUUGUUCGAUUAUAUUAAGAAAGAAAAAGCUCAUAUCAUCUUUUUACAGGAGACACACUGGAAAAGAGAUGAUAAGUUAAGAUUCAUUCCACAAAGUUUCUCAACAGUAAUAUCUGCCACAUUAGAGAAUCAGAGGAAAAGAGGAGUAGCCAUUAUGAUAAGUGAAGACUUAGAUGCUAAAAUCAUAUAACAAGAAUCAGAUGAAGAAGCUAGAUUUAUUAUAGUGAUAAUUAAAAUCCAAUCAGAAAUUUAUACGUUAGUAAAUGUGUAUGCGCCUAAUAAUCCCUCUAAUAAAUAUUUCUAUGACCUUUUUGAUAAAGUAGAUAAAAUAAAACAGGGUAAAUUACUUUUGGCGGGUGACUUUAACCGGCUACCAGAUGUAAAUAUGGAUAGAAAAACUUUAAAUCCUGAGGGGUCAAUUAAAGGAGUAACUGCAAAAGCUGUACAAUUUCAAAGGAUAAUUAAGAAAUAUGGAUUUAUAGAUAUAUGGCGAGUGUUUCAUCCACUGGAGAGGGAUUUUACAUGCUUCUCCAGAGCAUAUUUCUCAUACUCAAGAAUUGACUUAUUUUUGGGUAGUGUUGGAUUUAUUAAUAGUACUAAAAAAGUUCUUAUAGAUGAAGUAACUUGGUCCGAUCAUAAUGCCAUAAUCUUGGAAUUGGAUAUAGUUGAUAAUAGUGCAAGACGAACUCAUUGGAGAUUAAAUGAUAAUAUUCUUUCCAGUAAGGAAAACAGAGAAUAUAUAGAGGAGAUGAUAGAUAGUUUUUUUCAGGAAAAUGAGGGGGGAGAAGUGUCACUUCCGAUGGUCUGGAACGCAUAUAAAUGCGUCAUAAGAGGUUACUUAAUUAAGUUAGGUACAAUCGAUAAAAAAAAGAAGGGAAGACCCCUGAAGGAUUUAUAUUAUAACCUAUCGAAUGAAAAUAAAAUUUUACCAACUCAGGAGAAAAGUAUAAAUAUGCUAUUAUUGCAGAAUCAAAUAAAUGAAUUAUUAAUUGAGGAAAAAAAGAGAAAUCUCCAAUUCCUAAAGAUCAAUUGGUAUUAUAAGAGCAACAGGGCGGAUAGGCUGCUUACAAAUAAAUUGAAAAAUAAAAAACAAAUGAGGAGGAUUUAUAAAAUCGAGGUAGGAAAAGAAAUGCUAUUAAGUCCGAAAAAAAUUGGGUCAGCUUUUAAUGACUAUUAUAGUCGAUUAUAUAACUUAGAAUCAGUGGGACAACAACCUCCAUCUUCAGAUUAUUUUAAAAAUAAAAAAAUGCGAAAAAUAACUAGGGAACAACUUAAUGAGAUAAAUAAACCAAUAACCCCAGAUGAAGUUAUAGUAGUUAUAAACAAGUUACAGAUAAAUAAAGCCCCUGGUCCAGAUGGUUAUUCAAAUAAAUUUUAUAAAAUAUUUAAAGAUACUCUUUCGAUUCGUCUUGCUAAGAUAUUUAAUAUAAUAGUGGAAAAUUGUGUGUUUCCUAGGGAGAUGCUUCAAGCGAAUAUCGUCCCUAUUUUGAAGCCGGAUAAAGAUCCAGCUAAAUUGGUGAACUACCGUCCAAUAUCUCUUUUAAAUGGGGAUGUAAAGAUUUAUGCCUCAAUCAUUGCAGAUCGAUUAAAAACAUGUAUUCCGACUUUAAUACAUCAGGAUCAAGCUGGAUUUAUAUAUGGCAGAGCAGCAUCAGACGGAUUAAGAAGAAUUAUUGAUGUACAUGAUGCAGCGAAUAGGAAAAGAGCCCCCCUUCUGACCCUGUCACUAGAUGCUGAGAAAGCGUUUGACAGGGUCAGAUGGGACUUUCUGGGAAGCACAUUGAAAUCAUAUGGCAUAGUAGGAACAGUUUAUGAUGCCAUUAUGGCACUAUACACAGUUCCUUCGGCAAGGACUAUUGGCCCUGGGAUAGAGGCAGAUUGGUUUACUAUUAAAAACGGAACCAGGCAAGGAUGUCCUCUUUCCCCGUUACUUUAUGUUUUAACUAUUGAGCCUCUUGCAGAAGAUAUAAGACAAAACGGAAAGAUUGAGGGGUUUUGGCUUAAUAAUUUAGAACAUAAGAUUAAUCUAUACGCUGAUGAUGUCAUGCUUAUGAUGCAGAAUCCUAGAUCAUCACUGCCGGAAUUGAUAAGAAUACUAGACCACUAUAGUGUAUUCUCAAAUUAUAAAUUAAAUAUUAAUAAGACCACAAUAAUGACAACUAAUUUACCUAGGGAAGAUAAGGACUUUAUUAAAACAUCCUAUGAUUUUGUCUGGGUUAAGGAAUAUAUCUCAUUUCUUGGCAUAAAAAUAACAAGAGACAUAAAUAGAGUUAUUGAAGUUAAUUUUCUCCCUCUUAUAAAAAAUACUAAUAAAAUAUUAAAAGAAUGGGCUGGCAGGGAGAUCUCUUGGAUAGGCCGUAUAAAUACUAUUCGAUCAUAUAUUUUGCCUAAAUGGAAUUAUCUCUUUAGAAUGAUACCUAUACAAGUUCCCAAUCCUUGGUUAAAAAUGAUACAGUCAGCUUUUUCUAAAUUUAUUUGGAAAGGUAAAAAACCAAGAAUAAGCUUACAGUUAAUAUCUAAGAAAAGAAAGGAUGGAGGUCUUGCUGCCCCAAAUAUAAUAGAAUAUCAUGAUGCAUGUAUGUUGGCCCAUACUGUUAAUACAUUAAGUAUGGAUCAAAAAGAUCAAUCUUGGCAUCAUAUAGAGCAAUCACUAGUAGAGACAAGCAGCCUAUCCUCCCUGUUUUGGACAACAAGGAGGAAUUUAAAAAAAAAUAAUUUGGUUUAUCCAGAAAAUUCGACAAUUGUAGAUAGUAUAUGGAGAUUCUGGUAUAAAUUUAAGAAAAAUUAUAAAAUAGAAUAUAGAAUAUUCCCUUUCCUACCCAUGGAGGUGAUUAAUAAUAAUAUUGACGAUAUUAAUAUUAGAGGUUGGAUACAAAAAGGUAUUACGCAUAUUCAACAAAUUAUAGAUAUAAAGGAUCUUAAGUCAUUUAGCCAGUUACAGGUAGAAAUCGGGAUUGAAAGUAAGGAGGUAUUCACAUAUUUAAGAGUUAAGUUUUAUUUGACGAAAUUCUUGGAUAUUCAGCUUAAUAAAAAUAUAAGUAACAUUAAGAAGAUUAUGGAAACAUAUAGAACUAAAGGUCAUAUUUCUAGAUGUUAUGAAUUUUUAAAGCUAUCCCAGAAGGCCCCUCUCUGGAAAUCUAAGAGUAAGUGGGAAAAAGAUUUACAAAUAGUAAUUCCCGAACAAGAUAUGAUAAACGCGAUAGAGAAAGUUAAUAAAUCGGUACACUGCUUGAAUAUAGUAGAGAAUUUUUAUAAACUCCUAAAUAGAUGGUAUAUGGUCCCAGAAAAACUGGCUAAAAUGUAUCUAGAUCAGAGUUCUUUCUGUUGGCGAUGUGAAGAUGGGAAAGGAGAUUAUCUCCAUAUUUGGUGGCAUUGUACAGUUUUAAGUAAAAUAUGGAAGGAGGUAUACAAGCAGAUUUAUAACUCAUGUCAGCUAAAUAUACCCUUUACACCACAAAGUUUUUUGUUACACCUGGGAUGGCCUUCUAUGUCUCCUGAGAAACAAAUGCUGAUAAUACAUAUUUUAAUGGCAGUAAAGUUAGCGGUGGCUAGAAACUGGAAAAGUAAAAAAGAAAUACAGUGGAGUGAAAUUAAAACACAAGUAAUAUACCAAUGUAAGAUGGAAAAGGGAAUAAUUUUAGGCAACACUGUAGGUUUGAAGAAAUACAGCAAAUGGGAAAUAAUGGUUGAUAAUUUUAUUACUAACUAUUAGAACUUAUAAUUCUGAGGAUAUGAGCUUCCUCGAAUGUGAGAUUGAUUCGCGAGGAACUUUAGUAACAACGUACCUUAUGUGAAGGAUGGGAAAAUUGGAUAGUGUAGGUUUGGUUCCCCGGGAUUGUAUGUAUGUGCGAAUGGAACGUUUUAGGCUUUUUUUACUUACUUUUUUUUUUCAAUUUAUGUGAAUUAUAGAUAUGAAUAUUUAAAUCCGUUUUAUAAGGGAAAUGUUGUUUAUAUAUGGAAACAUAUUAGAAAUGUAAAUGUUGCAAUAGAGGUAUUGAUUACAUCAUGUAAAUUGUGAAAUUUUGAAAAAAUAAAAAUAUGAUAAAUGUUAAAAAAAAAAAAUAUUUGUGUUCAGCGAUGUCUCCCGAGUAAAACAGUACCCCCCAUGUACAGGUUUUAUAGCAUUUUUGAAAGUUACAAGGUCAAAUAUAUGGGUCAAAUAUUUUUACAUUGAAAAUGGCCAGGUUGGUUACGUUGCCUUUGAGAGCGUAUGGUAGCCCAGGAAUGAGAAUUACCCCCAUGAUGGCAUACCAUUUGCAAAAGAAGACAACCCAAGGUAUUGCAAAUGGGGUAUGUCCAGUCUUUUUUAGUAACCACUUGGUCACAAACACUGGCCAAAAUUAGCGUUCAAUUUAGUUUUUUUACUUUUUUCACACACAAAUAUGAAUGCUUACUUUGGCCAGUGUUUUCGACUAAGUGGCUACUAAAAAAGACUGGACAUACCCCAUAUUGAAUACCCUGGGUUGUCUACUUUAAAAAAAAUAUGUACAUGUGGGGUGUUAUUCAGAGAUUUAUGACAGAUAAUAGUGUUACAAUGUCACUAUUGAUAAAUUUUAAAAAUGUAUGUUUUGAAACCGCAAUAUCCUACUUGUACCUAUAGCCCUAUAACAUGCAAAAAAAAGCAAAAAAGCACGUAAACACUAGGUAUUUUUAAACUCAGGACAAAAUUUUGAAUCUAUUUAGCAGUUUUUUUCAUUCGCUUUUGUAGAUGAGUAAAAGAUUUUUCAAGUAAAAGUCAAAAAACAUGUAUUUUUUUCAAUUUUUCAUCAGAUUUUUUUAUUUUUUUUAAAUUAAAAUACAUGAGAUUAUAUAAAUAAUGGUAUGUAAAGAAAGCCCCUUUUGUCCUGAAAAAAACAAUAUAUAAUUUGUAUGGGAACAGUAAAUGAGAGAGCGGAAAAUUACAGCCAAACACAAACACCACAAAAGUGUAAAAAUAUGCCUGGUCGCAAAUGUACAACAUUGCAAAAACAGUCCAGUCCUUAAGGGGUUAAAUACAAUAUUUAAAUAAACAAUAAUAAUCAGUGUAAAUGGGAAACAGUCACAUGUGGGACUUUGGAACAACAUCAUGCAGUAAUGACAUCACCCCUGACAUAGAAUUGCUUUGAAGGUUAGUGCAAGGAGACCUGACAUGGGCUAGGACCCCAUGUGGGGUCGUGGAAAGUACUGGGUGUGAUUUUGGAACGUAGCCCAGAGAACCUUGUAAAUGUGAGAGAGAAAUAACACAUGUACUUACAUAAUUUGUAACCACAUAAAUGCAUAUACUUAGUGUUAAUUGCACAGUUCGUUGUGGAAGUUUUGUUGGGAUUGCAGGAUAUUAAUGCUGUGGGUGCAACUUUGUUGCCGCAUGUCUGGGGUUAAUACUGUUAGGGCAGGGUUAUAACAGUAUAGUGUGGGGAUAAUACAGGAGGUGUGGAGUAUAUAAAUAUAGAUUAAACAACACUGAAAUAAUUCUAAGAUUUAGUGUCACAAUGUGAUUCAUGGGAUAUGUUAGGGCUUAGAAAUGGACAUAGAGUGUGGCAUAAGGUAAGGUUUUGUUAUAGUUUAAACUUCUUAAGAAAGCGUGAAAGAAAUAUUAAUUCAUGGUUGUCGCACCCUUCAGGAUCCAUAAUGGAAUAAUACCCUCAUGAAGAUAAUUUACCAACAGGGACCAUUUCCCUGCUGGGUACUGGGAAUCAACACCUGGGACUCCUCUGUCAGCUGUUGCCACAGCAAGUGAGCUGUGCUCAGUACUCAAAUUGAGUGCUUGUCUCAGCCCUUGAAAUUACCAUGGAUAAACGACCAUGUUCUUCCAUUGUAGUGUUUGGCGAAUCCAUUACUAACAUCAUCAGGGCUUCCCUCUGCGAGAUGGAGACCUGUGGGAACUGAGAAGAUCGUGAUUGAGCCUUCCUCCAAGCUCUCUACAGCACGAUCACUGGCUUCUUGCCUAGUGCUGAUUAACAUGUUGUAACUGCAGGAAAUAAACCCUCGCACUCUGCACUCUAAGGGAAUACUUCUGCUGAAUCUAGGGAUAGGGUUAGGAUUAGCGUUCAGCUUUGUCAGUGUUCAUGAUUAGUUAGUGUUUACGGGUGGGCAAAGUUAGGGUUAUUGUUACUAUCCUCUUAGAUAGUAUUCAUGUUUAGGGUUAGUGUUACUGCAAAAGGUUAGAGUUAUUGUUACAUUAGGGUUAUACUGCCAAGUCUAAUGGGUUGGCUAAAUAGGUCCAUCUUCACUUGUUUUAUAAAAAACAAGGAAACAAGCAAACAAAACAAAAAAUGAAAAACCCUGCAAUACAUAUCCAGGCAUUCAUAUGAGAUUCAAAUGGAAGAAAAAAUACAAAAAUAUAAUGGAUAGUGAGUAGCUGUGUAUUUUGUGUUGUGUGCUUGAUACAUAUGAGAUUGUUGUACUCAGAAGAUGUUGCUGAGUACAGUUUAUGGAAUUUUAUCACAGCGGCACCCAUGAGCUUUAAAAAAAAUGUGCAGCAAAAAUACGUGUAUGUAAAAAUUAUAUCAUUGAACUUACAUAGUUUCAUAAUUACAUAGCUCAAAAGAGAUGAGUGUCCAUCAAGUUUAGUCUUUCUCACAUUCGAUUUGUGCUGUUGAUCCUGAAAAAAAAAUGCAAAAAACCCAGUCUGAAGCACUUCCAAAUGAGCAACAAACUAGGGGAAAAUUCCUUCUUGACCCCAGAAUGGCAGUCAGAUAUCUCCUUGGAUAACAACUAUAACAAAUAAUAUACCUGUAUAUUAUGUUUUUGCAGCUGUUUAUCUAAUUGCUGUUUAAACAUCUGUAUAGACUCUGAUAAAACCACCUCUUCAGGCAGAGAAUUCCACAUACUUAUUGUUCUGACUGUAAACAUCCUUUCCUUUGCAUUAGACUAAAUCUCCUUUCUUCCAGUCUAAAUGCAUGGACCUCCUAUGUAUAGUCCUAUUUCUGAAUAGCUUUCCGAACAAUGGUUUGUAUAUAUUUGAAUAAUGCUAUCAUAUUCCCCAUGUGCCGCCUUUUUUUCAAAGAUAAUUAAAUUUGGUAACCUCUCUUCACAACUAAAAUGCUCCAUUCCUUUUUUCAACUUUGUAGCCCUCCUCUGCACUUUUUCUAGUGUCAUCAUAUCCUUCUUUAGAACAGUUACCCAAAAUCGUUGCCCAAUAUUGCACAGCAUAUUCAAGGUGUGGUAUUACCAGUGAUUUAUUAAGAGACAAAAUUAUAUUUUAAUUCCGAGAAAUAAUGUCUCUAUUUAUACAUGACAAUACCUCACUGGCCUUAGCAACUGUUGAUUGACAUUGCAUAUUGCAGCCUAGUUUAUUGUCUAUAAUAAUUCCAAAAUCUUUCUCAUUUGUUGUUAUCCCUAGUUCACUACCAUUUAGGGUAUGUUACUUGUGCAUUCUAUACUCCAAAGUGCAUUACUUUGCAUUUUUCCACAUUAAAUUUCAUCUGCCAUUUGAGUGCCCAGUUGCCUAAUCUAUGUAAAUUCCACUGCAGCAAAGCAAUAUCCUUCUCACAUUGUAUUACUUUGCAGAGUUUUGUGUCAUCUGCAAACACUGAAACAUGGCUUUCAAUGCCUUUUUCAAGAUCAUUUAUAAAUAUGCUGAAUAGAAGUGGUCCCAGAACAGAACCCUGAGGGACACCACUUACCACUUACAUAUAAUGCAAUUAGGUUAGUCCUCAGUGCUUUUUUCACUAAAGAGUUUAUGACAGUGAAUAUGCUGUAAAGAUGCCCUUAUCUUAUUGAAAUUAAUAUGACAAACCUUGAAAGGAAAUAAUAAAAGAUGGCACCUCAAUGAAGCUCAACAUUUAUCAUGUGAAAGUCCCCAUGGUUUCUACAAUAUUAUGCAUUAAUGGAGUAAUUAAAUGUAUGAGCUACUAAAGUGCACCAUAGAUCUAUCUUCACUUUGCUAUUUCUUCUUUUGAAAACCUGCAGUGGGCAGGUUAAUUAUUCAGCCUUCAUUUUCACAAAAACUUGACAAAGGUAAGUGGUGGGGGUCAGCCUGUACUCGGACAUUGUAACUGAGAACAAUGUAGUGAUUUUAAUAUUAGUAGCACAUAUCGAGUUUUACAAAAUAAAGUACUAAAAUGCAAUGUGUACGUAAAACAAUUUGAAAAUAACACCAUCAAUUUGAAAGAAAUUGGGGAAGAAAUGGGGUGCAAUACGGUUCAAAAUAUGUAUGACCUGUGGUGUCUACUUUUACAGAUUGCAAGCAUUUAUGGGGUAAUUUAAUUUGUCAAAAUGCUUUAAUGUUCAAAAGUUAGGAUUUGGCCAAUCAUCCAUCUAUCAAAAUUAUAACUAUGGAAAUUGAAGUAGUCAGGUCUCUUACAUGGCACUGUAAUUUCUCAAGAAGCAAAGGCAAAUACUGUGGGUAUUGUUUUACUCAGAAUGAUUAGCUGAACAAUAUUUGGGGGGGAGUGGGUGGGUUAAUUACAGCAGCAUAGAUCAGUUUACAAAAUGGCCAGCAAAAAUGCAAUAAAAAAAAUCACCACAAACGUUAGCAUAAAUUGGUGUAGAAUAUUACAUAUUUUAUGUUCCUAUUCAUAUACAUAUUAAGGUAUGAUUUACUCAUGGGUUAAAAAGAGCAGAUGAUAGUUUGCUAUUAUGUACCAUAAGGACUCUGAAAUGUGCUGUAUAGGGUGAUUGGGGAUAGUGUCCUUAUAUGGGUAGUGUCCUUAAAUGGCCAGAGUUUAAUUUAAAAGUUAUGACAUCAUUUUGCCUAUUUAAGGACCACUCUCUCCUACUCUCUGCUCUUCUCUCCGGGAGUAUCAAUGACUUGCUGAUACAAAGAUGACUUACAUCAAAGAUCUCUCUCUCUCUGCAAUGUCGUUAAGAAAUACCACCUGUUAAGUAUAUUAUUGUUAGCUUUUGGAGUAGAAUAAAUGCAUAUUUUUUUAUAAAGAACGUUGGAUUACGUAUUAGUAUUUUUGGGUGAUAUAGAUGUAUAUUAACCCAUUAACCCAAGAAGAUAUAUACAUAAAAGACUUGUUUCAAUCACCCUGUAACACAUAAAUCAAUAUAUUACAAUUGUGAAACAAAAGGGCAGCUCUGCAAGGCAUUACAUACACCAAAUGACAUUCCCUGUACUGUCUUCUUUUACAAAUGGUGGUCCUUUGUGGGGUUAUUUGAACAGUCAAACUGCUACUUCAAUGUCCUAAAUUGAGACACAUGCCUAUCAUAUCCAUGUAUCAAAAUUUUGACUGUAAAAACUGAAACAAUGAUAUCUCUUACAUGACUUUGUAGCUUCACAGGACUGUAGCAAAUGUAUUCAUUUGGGGUAUUGUACUAAACACAAUUUAGCAUACAUCAGGUUUACAAAAUACACAUUUAAAAAAAAUGCUAUAUGUGUAACUGUAAACAAACAAACAAACAUGAAUUUUACUACAAUAUUUAAUAGGGAUUGGCAGUUAAAUUUUGUUUUCUAUCAUUGCUAUAAAAUUUACAAGACAAGCAUGCCAAAUUUUUAAAAUUGAAAAUUAUAUUUGGCUCCUUGUAUUUUGUGACCUGUAUUAAAAAAAAUUAAAAAAAAUAAAAAAUAAAUGAAUUCCUUGACAAAUGGUGUACUCUGUAAAUCAGCUAGUUUUAUUAAGCUGCACUAAUGAUGUACACAUUAUUAUUAUUAAAGGACCACUAUAGUGCCAGGAAAACAUACUCGUUUUCCUGGCACUAUAGUGACCUGAUGGUUCCCCCACCCUCAGGGUCCCACUCCCGCCAGGCUGGAUGGAGAGGAAAGGGUUAAAUCUUACCUUUUUUCCACCGCCGGGCGGGGAGCUCUCCUCCUCCUCUCCUCCUCUUCGGCUGAAUGCGCAUGUGUGGCAGGAUCUGCGCGCGCAUUCAGCCAGUCUCAUAGGAAAGCAUUCAUAAUGCUUUCCUAUGGACGCUUGCGUCUUCUCACUGUGAUUUUCACAGUGAAAAGCACGCAAACGCCUCUAGCGGCUGUCAAUGAGACAGCCACUAGAGGCUUUCAGAGGCUGGAUUAACCCUAUUAUAAACAUAGCAGGGUUAAUCCUAGAGGGACCUGGCACCCAGACCACUUCAUUAAGCUGAAGUGGUCUGGGUACCUAGAGUGGUCCUUUAACACUGUGAAUAAAUGUGUUUUUAUUUUUUUAUUUUUUUGCAUUUUUGUGCUUACUUAAAGGAAUGCUCCUAGCACCAUAACCACUAUUAGCGCACAUCAGUUGUUAUGGUAUUUAAAGUAUUCCUUUAGCAACAUCUGCUGGUCAACUAUUAAAGAAAUUUGCCAAAUCCAGAUAACAUGUCCAUUACAUUGUGCCAUACCUCUCUGUAUACCAUCUCACAUUUUUAUGACAGAAGUUAAUUUAGAUUUGUUUAAUAAAAUAUAGAAUUUGAUGUAGCAUAAAAAACAGGGCUUUGACUAAUACAUAGUAAAAUGAUCUGUGCCAUUUGAUGGGUCAGUAAAGUACUAGUUGUUUUUUUUUUAAACCUAAAUAUUUUUUUAAUAAUAUUUACUGUUUACAUACUUUUUUUUUUUUAAGCUCUUCUGUGUUUUCCGGUAGGAGGGAGGUUUGAAGUUGUGCAAUUUUCACCCUACUGGUGUUUUACUUGGAAGUUGUUAUCUUAUUGACAACCACAUUUCUCAAUAUUACUGGAAUUUGAUUCAAGUGUUUUCCUUGGUUUCGUUAAUUUUUAAACAGAGUUGACAAAAUGUUUUGUUAUGCAAUUAUAAAGCACUUAUGCUUCAAUAAAGGUGUUUCUCUACUUCAAAUAUAUAUGUACUUACACAUGACUUUAAACAAGUCUAAAAUGUGUUUGGGGUAACCACAUGACUCUGAGCAAAGUGCACCCUGCUUUCCCCCUCCCAAUAUGUAAAGGGACCACUAAAACAAUGAGUGGGAUGUGCUAACAUGUUAGACAGCCACAAAACUUUGUGUCAUGCAAUUAAGUCCUAUUUUUGCAUUAAUUAUUAAAAUCCGUGUUAUAUUGACAAAUACUAAGCCAUAAUUAGGUGAUAAAAUAUUUGAAUCUCUCUAUUGAAAUUAAUACCGGGAUUACUAACACUUCGCAUCAAAACAUUUGAAAAACAUGGAUUUCUUAGAUAUAGAUUUUAUUAAAGGGAAACAAUAGUGCCAGGAAAAUGACGUUGUCAGCCAGAAGGGGAGACCUAAUGCACAUGCAGGCCAAAAGUCGUCCAACACCCUGGAAGUCCUUCUAGUGGCUAUCUGCUAGACAGAGGUGGAGUUAACCCACCACGCUAAUUUAUUGCAGUUUCUUAAAAACUGACAUAAUUAGCUUUGGAAGGUUAAGGGACCUGGGACAGUGCACCCCAGACCACACCAACUAGCCUAAGUGAGCUGUGAGCCUAUAGUGUCCCUUUAAGAUUAUGCUGCAUUGGUUUUAAAAAGACACACAAUCCUGCAAGUGAAUAUUUUAAUCAAGUCAUAGGGGGAAAGAAAGUAAUAACAAGCAUUCUGGAAGUGGCUGAUUUCAACACUAAUGCCCAAUGCAAGGUGAUUUGUGAUAGCGGACCAAUGGAAGUCCAGAGCCUCCUGGAUAUGGUUGGCAAAUUCCUUGUCAUGGUUAUAUCCAUUUAUGCCCUUACUAGGAAAGUGCAACUUAUAUGAAUGAAUCAGUUGAUUAAAAUAUUAGUUAUAUUAGCAGUCAUAGAUGCCAGUACAGGCAUUGUGAAAAUGAUGGCUUUCAAUAAAUGGUGCAUGUUUAUGUUAGGAGAAAAUGCUAACACUUCUACUUCUAACACAGGUAACUGUGAAGUACAUCCAAAGGAACGGAGCAGUGAUCCCCGUACGUGUGCACACCAUUGUUAUAUCUGUGCAGCAUGAUGAGACCAUCUCUCUGCCCGACAUGCGGGAGGCAUUAAAGGAUAAAGUCAUAAAGGCUGUAGUGCCAUCCAAAUAUUUGGAUGAGAAAACCAUUUACCACUUGCAACCCAGUGGCCGAUUUGUUAUUGGAGGACCACAGGUAUAUUCUAUUUCUAUCACUACAUUUUUUUAAUUUUAUUUCUAUUUGUUGCAAAUAACUGUUUGCAGUGCUGUUAGUAUAAGAAACAUUGGCAUUGCUGAGAGUGGGCAUUGUUUUACUCACCUUUAAAGGGACACUCUAAGCACCAGAACCACUACAGUUUAAUAUAGUAAUUAUGGUGAAUAUCCUUGCAAUCUGUUGUGUUUUGUUCUUCCAGUCCUGCAAUGUUUGUGGAACUGAUGUUCAGCAUCCUCAUGCCCAAUGUGCAGAAGCUUGAACACUCACCAUAGAUAUGCAUUAGUAUAGUGCAUUUGUAUAAGAAAAUGUGGAGAUUGCUGGGCAUGCAGAGUAGGUUCCUAAUGCUUUGGAAAAGCAUUGGAUUGGCUGAUGAGAUCAGUAUUACUGAUAAUCUCAGCUAUGAGCACCGAGGCGUUCGCUGUGAGGGAUAAAAGUUUAUUUUCUAUAUUUCAGUUGUAAAUUUGGGCCCCUAAAUCUAAGACAUUAACAUACAUGUUAGCAUUUCUAACAGUAGAGUUUCUCUUUAGAUAUGAAUCUAGUAUUCUCCCCUCUGCCAAAAUGUUACUGUUUGCCACUUGAUAGCUACUGAGAUUUGUGAACACAACCUUCUUUCUGCAUGGGCCUCUUUUAAUGCAGUUCUGGCAGGAGAUGGUUUCUGCUCAGGCAGUUGUUCAACAUUAUCGUAGAGAAGUUCACAACGCACAGAAAAAGCUUUACCAGCGGCCCGUGCAUUUCCAAACCUUGACUUUUGGUAAACAAUAAUUGGAUCACCAAAUCAAGACAUAUUGUAAUGAGGGAGAGUGGACACUGGGAUGGCAUAGGGAAGGGAAAAGAAUAUAACAUUGUGGGCAUGGAAGAGAAACAACUUUAAGACAACAAUAUUUUCUGCAGUAAAAUAAGUAAAAACUAAUCCAAAAAUUAGUAGCCUUAUUGGUUGUAUAUCCAGUAUGUUAAAAGUUCAGUGGUUACUAAUGGUGAUUUUUAUGUUUGCUUUGAAUACACAUAUUUAACCCCUUAAGGACACAUGACAUGUGUGACAUGUCAUGAUUCCCUUUUAUUCCAGAAGUUUGGUCCUUAAGGGGUUAAAGGAAUACUCCAAGCACAACAACCACUACAUAAUGUUGUAGUGGUUAUGGUGCAAGGAGUACAUGCUUUUGAAAGGAUUCUAAGCAUCAGAAUUGUUUCAUCAUGAUGAAGGGGAUCAAUAUUUAUUCGCUACGGAUGAAACAUCAGAAAUAUAGAAACGCCAAGAUUUAAUUCUAUGACAAACUAGUUAGCUGUAUUGAAAAGGACACUCAACAGCAAAACACUUUCAACUUAUUGAAGUUCAUUUUGGUCCUGUUCCAUUUUGUCUGGCAAUGUUUACAUUUGCCUAAACUACUAGAUAAGUUCAAGACUGACAUCCUUAUCCUCAUUGAAGACCUUUGAGUUUCGAAAGGUCUUCACCUUCGUCGUCAUCACACACAAAAUGAUUCAAUCGGAUUCGGUGCUAAUCUAUGAGAAGCGUCAGAUUGGUGAAGUCCAGCAAUUAUGUUCCCAAAGCGCUAUGAGAAGCAAUGGAUUUUGUUAAGUCAUCAUAACUGAUGACUUUACCAGAGGAGAAGCAACGCAGAGAAGAGAUUGGCCCAGCGCUGGAUUACAGGUAAGUUUUAUGAUGUUAUUUAUUCACCUUUUUGCAUGACAUGAGGAGCUCAGUCAUGUAAGCAACAAAAGGAACACUAGAACGUAAAAAAGAAAUAUAUUUAUUUUUAAUAUUAGAGUGUGCUAUUAAAGUUUUAUUGAGUUAUAUAGCAUUUAAAGAAAAUUUUUUAUUUGAGUUUAAAGAUCACUUUUCUCUAUGUAUGACAGGGUGAUGCUGGUGUCACUGGGCGAAAAAUUAUUGUGGACACUUAUGGUGGAUGGGGUGCCCAUGGGGGAGGUGCAUUUUCAGGAAAAGACUACACUAAGGUUGAUCGAUCAGCUGCUUAUGCAGCACGUUGGGUUGCAAAAUCAUUAGUGCACGCCAAGCUUUGUCAUCGUGUCCUAGUUCAGGUAAGUUGUGGUUUUAGAUCAUCACUUUAAUCAUAUUAAUCCUCUUUAACACAUUAAAAAUAUUUAAAAUUUAAAGGUAUUUUCCCCUCCAAGUAUGUAAAUAGUCUCCCAUAACCACUACAGCUCGCUUUUGAUUUCUUGCCUGGUGUACUUUAGCCGAUGGUCCUAGCCUCCACUACUAAUGCAGGAAUGCAGGAAAGUCACUAAACAGGAAAUUCGUUUAGCUCUGCUGAGCUAAGCCUGGUGAGCUGUAGUGGUUAUAGUGCUUGCAAUGUUCCUAUUGUUCCAUAAAUAGUUCUGCUACCAGAAGAAACUCACCUUUCAAUUAAAGGGACACUAUAGGAUCAGGAACACAAACCUAUAUUCCUGACCCUAUAGUACAAAACCCUCUAUUUAGGUAGCUUGCCCCCUACCCCACCUUACUAACUUUAAAAAACAUGAAAAACUCACCUUAUUUCCAGCGCCGUGCGGGUCUGCCGUCACUGGUCCCAUCCCCUUGGUGACAUCAUUAGAAUUGCCAAUUUUUAUCCAAUCCAAUGCUUUCCCAUGGCUAAAAUCGGCAAAUCAGCAUCUCGUCAUAGAGAUGCAUUGAAUCAAUGCAUUCUAUGAGGAAAAUUCAGCGUCCCCAUGCAGAGCUUGGGGACGCUGAACAGCAGAGCUGCCUACUGUGCAGCACUGAGCCAGGAAGCUCCUCCAGUGGCCAUCUGAGGAGUGACCACUUGGAUGUGUCCCUAGGGGAACUGUAAACACUGCCUUAUACUCACCAGAACAAAUACAUUAAGCUGUAGUUGUUCUGGUGACUAUACUGUCCCUUUAAAUCAUUAUAGAAUAGAGAACGAUCAACUGAAAUAAAACUCAUAGAUGUUAAUAAACCAAAGAACUAUUGUGAGAAAUAAAGUAAAAAUAUAUGUAAAGGUGAGAUCUGAGGGGGUAGUUCCUGUAACUACUUUUUAAAACCUUUCAGAUGCUGUUUCAAUGUUAACAAGGCAGGUACUACAUUGCAACUUAUUGCAAGGGAGCAAGCAUGGUGAAUUAUGAGGAAUCAAUCAGUGGAUUUCACAUUCUAUGCCAAAAUAGCAAGUUAAAAACAGAGCUGACUUAAAAUUCACUGGUUUAUUACUGACAAUUAAUGGAUUUGUAAAUAAUCUUGAUAGCUUUAAACAGUACUGCUAAAUAACUUUAAUAUUUUUGUUUGGUCACUAAACAGAGAUUUGUAGUGUAUUGAAAAGUAAAUUCCAAAAUUUUGGCUAAAUAGCUAAGCUAAACGGAGUUGGGUACUUUUUCCAAAACAACUAUUUUGGCUUAAAGUAACACUUAAGUUGUUUUUGAGAUGGUAGGCAUCCUAUCAAUGGAUGCCCAAUGAGAAAAAUAGCACAUACAAUUUUUCUCAGUAAACGCCAACUAACACACUAUAAUUUUGCUUUCAAAUAAUAUUGCAGCUUUCUGCAGUGUAACCCCACCCCUUUGGCCACACCUCCUUUUUUCACAAAAAACAUUUCUUAUUAGAUGUACUCUGGGCAUGUUCUCAACUCAGACAAUAAGAGUUCAGUGUGACCUGAGUUGCUGACUUGAGACCUACUCACAGCCAGUCUCUCCUCUUUGUGACUGCCUGUUGUUGAGUGGGGGUAGUCAAGCAUUAAACAUGAGGCCAUACCUUUUGCCUCACUCACUCCCUCAAGUGGGAUUGAUAAAGUGGAAUUGUUAACCAUUCUAUGCUUCUCGAUUCAAAGCAUUGCUAAUAGAUUGUGAUGACAGAUGUGCUUGCAGAAUGUGUUCUUCUAUGAGAUACAAUGGACUGACCGGGAGAUCAACUGUAGUUAUCAUCGCUAGUCAUGAUCUCCUACUGGGCAGAAUGGGGCUGCAGCAAAUCUUGUGGGGAGUCCUACAUCUAUAAUAACAAUGGAACAUGUGUUCCUGCCCAGAGUUUUCCCUUAAACAUAUUUUCUGAACAUAACUACAUUUUUAUGUCACAGUUAUUAAGCAAAAAUCCAGAAAUUUUACUUUAGAAUGAUUUGUAAGCUAUGUCUUAUAAGUGCUCGGGCUAGAUAGUGUACCAAAAAAAUUACAUGACGAAUGUUAACUGUAUAAAAAUUGUAAUAUGAAAUCCAUAAAGGUAUAUCUGACUUGUUUUGCAAGGUAUCUUAUGCUAUCGGAGUGGCAGCUCCAUUGUCUGUUUCCCUUUUUACGUAUGGAACCUCUGAUAAAACUGAAAAGGAAUUACUAGAUAUUGUGAAUCACAAUUUUGAUCUACGACCUGGAGUCAUUGUGAGGUAAGAAAAACAAACAUUUUGAUAAGUAAUUAGGGAGACUCCACAGUACAAUGAAUGGGAUAGCUUUUACUUUUUUAAAGGUAUAGCUCCAGUUGCUAUAGUAGUCUGCAGAGAUGAUAUACAGGUACAAUUAUAAACACUUACUGAAAAAAUUGAAAAUGGAUGUAACAAAACAACUUUAGCGUAACAAAGCAGUUUGCUGUAUAAAUCAUGCUCCUGUUAUUUAGGAGUUGAUUCAUUUUGCUUUUGCCACCUUAGCCACAGCUUUCUUGUCUGAUAAUCAUACAGCCUUCAUGAAUUACUUUUACAGCACAGUGUGUUUACUUUAUAAAUUUGUAUCUCCUGCUUUGUUCAUGGAACUAUAAAGGGACACUAUAGUCACCCAGACCACUUCAGUUCAAUGAAGUGGUCUGGGUGACAAGUCCCACAGGUUUUAACCCUUCAGAUGUAAACAUAGCAGUUUCAAAGAAACUGCUAUGUUUACAUUGCAGGGUAAUCCAACCUCUAGUGGCUGUCUUCCUGACAGCCGCUGGAGGCGCUUCUGUGAUGCUGGAUGUAGAAUUUGCAUCCAACAUGCAGAACGUCCAUUGGAAAGCAUUGAGAAAUGCUUUCCUGUGGACUGUUUAAAUGGGUGCGCGGCUCUUGCCGCGCAUGCGUAUUCUGAUCCACACAGGAGUUGGCGUAGGAAGAGAAGUCACCAGUACCGAGGAAGCCCGGCGCUGGAUUAAGGUAAGUAACUGAAGAUGUUUUAAUACCUUCAGCGCCAAGGGAGGGGGGCCAGAGGGUGGGGGGGUCCAAAGGAUGCUAUAUUGUCAGGAAAUGAGUUUGUUUUCCUGACACCAUAGUGAUCCUUUAAUCUUACACAAGAGGCUUCUGUAGGCUGUAGUAGUCAAUUAACAGGGCCAGAGAUAAGACAUUUUAACUUAAAAACAUAGUGCAAUAAAGGAAGCUAAACAAGUUUAGCACUUUCUCAGGAAGUUUGUAGGGAGACUAUGACAGCCCAUGUCAGGGGUGGUGUGGGUAGAGCUGAAUAAACAAAGUGAUUUAACUCUUAUAUAGUUAAGAAUUGGGUAAUGAGACUGCAGGGACAUGAUCUAUAUAACAACAGGCACUUUAUUAUGCUAAGGUGGAUUUUGUGCUUAGAGUGUACCUUUAAAACAAAUUAAGGUCUACUCAGUAGCUUCAACUAAAGGUUUACUGUAGCUGCAGAGAGGUGACCAAGAUCCAUUAUAUGCAUAUUUAUAUUGACUCCAAAGACUUGGCAAGGAACCAGGAGACAACUUCCAAACAAUUUUGGCCACAUUGCCAUUACACUAAUCUCUAUUGGUUGCAUGGUUUGGGGUUUUUGGACACCAGAAUUAGUUCAUAGGACAGUGUUUAUUAAUUUGACUACUCUCAUGCAUUUAAAGGGAUACUAUAGGCAUUCAAACAACUUACGCUUAAUGAAGCAGUUUUGGUGUACAUAUCAUGCUGCAUGCAGUCUCAAUGCUCAAUUCUCUACCAUUUAGGAGUUAAAUCACUGUUGUUUCUGUCCAUGCAGCCCUAGCCACACUUCCCCUGGCUGUGACUGACACAGCGUGCAUGAAAAAAAAAUGGUUUCACUUCCAGCUAGAUGUUAACUUGCUUUAGAAGUUUUUAUCUCCUUAUCUGUAAAUUGAACUUUAAUCACACACACAGGAGACUUUUGCUGGUUUUAGCAGACUAUUAACAAAGCAGGAGGUAAGACAUACUAAACUAAACAGAAUGUGCAAUAAAGGAAGUGUAAGCUUUAAAUCUUACUUUUCAGGAAUUGUUUGGGAAGGCUGUGCAAUUUACAUUUAAGGAGGUGGGACUAGAGCUGCAUAAACAAAGUUCUGCAUUUCGGGGUAAAGAAUGCACAAGCAGCUUACACCAUACAUGGUAGUGAAUUAGGGAUAACAACACACAAGAAGUGUUUGGGAAUUGUUAUAGACAACAAACUAGGCAACAACUUGCAAUGUCAAUCGACAGUUGCUAAGACCAGUAAGGUAUGGUCAUGUAUAAAUAUAAUUUUGCCUCUUUAUAAAUCACUGGUAAGACCAUACCUUGAAUAUGCUGUGCAAUUUUGGGCACCUGUUCUAAAGAAGGAUAUUAUGGCACAAGAACACGUGCAGAGACUGGCCACAAAAUUAAUAAACGGAAUGGAACAUUUUAGUUAUAAAGAAAGGUUAACAAUUUAAAUCUGUUUAGUUUAGAAAAACAGCACCUCAGAGGGAAUAUAAUAGCUUUAUAAUAAUAUAUUUGGGGCCAAUACAAACCAUUGUCUGGACAUUUAUUCAUAAACAUCACUGUGUAUAGGACAUUAGAUCGCACAUUUAGACUGGAAGAAAGGAGAUUUAGUCUUAGGCAAAGUAAAAAGUUUUUACAGUAAGAACAAGAAGGAUGUGGAAUUCUCUGCCUACGAGGUGGUUUUAUCAGAAUCUAUACAGAUGUUUAAACAGCAAAUAAAUACGUGUGAAAAAAUAAUAUUCAUGGAUAUCAUUUUUAAUUAGUGGGUAAAAGCUUCUUGAUCCAAGGAGAGAUCUGACUGCCAUUUUGGGAUGAAGAAGGAACUAUUUCUUAGUUUGUUGCAAAAUUGGAAGUGCUUCUGUUUUUUUUUUUUUUUUCCUUCUUUUGGAUCAACAACAAAGUAGAUGUGAGAAGGCUGAACUUAAGGGACACAUUUCUUUUUUCACCUAUGUAGCUAUGAUUUAACUCCUAAAUGGCAGAGAAUUAGGCAGUGAGAUUUCAGGGACAUGAUCUACACAGCCAAAAUGUUUCAUUAAGCUAAAAUUGUUUUUGUGCCUAUAGUAUCCCUUUAACUAUUACUAAAUAAUCUCCAAAUUGUAAAAACAGAUUUUUAAAAAGCUUGUCCAACCAUAAUCUAAAUUACUUAAUUACUUUCGUCUCUCUUUCUCUGAGACUCUCCUAGCCAUCACAACCAUCACUUUAUUCCCUUUUCCAUAAUGGACCAUCCUUUAUUUGUCCCUUCUCCACAGUGCAUUCCCUGCUUUAUUUGGUUUCCAUUCUUCACAGUGUCCCCACCCUCUUUCCUGCAAUAUAUUCCCGUUCGUAUUUGGUUGCUGCAGUUUCUCCAAAAUUCUCUAUGCAUUUGCUUUCUAAACAGUGUCCUUUAACAUAAACGUAGGCCCACAUAAAUGUACAGUAGGGUUGAACAGUAGUAGAGCUUUGUAACAACUACCCAGGAGCUGAUGCUCCAGUAAUUAUUUCUCCAAGAACACACAGACUUUAAUGGAAAGUCCUGCUUUUAUUAUUUGGCUUCCAAAUGAAAUAUUGGUAUUCAUAUUAUCGUAAUGAAAACAUAAUCCCACCAAUAUGUACAAAUCACUUGCCUAAAGUUAAGAAAACUGUUUCUUGUCUUACAAUCUUACUUCUUUUUUAUAUCAAUAUAGGGACCUUGACUUGAAAAGACCAAUCUACCAAAACACUGCAUGCUAUGGCCACUUUGGAAGGGAUGAAUUCUCUUGGGAAUUUCCAAAGGAGCUGAUUUUUUAACAGUGGCAACAUUGUCACAAGGGCAUUGGUUACAAGAAAUAUUUUCACUCAGAAAUUCCUCAGUGAGUGGGAUCAUGAAGGGACUAUCAAAAGUGUGGUGGUUAGUAGCUCACAACAUCGAAACGGAAAUCUAUUGAACCAGAGUUAUAAAUGUAUAUCCAUGUCUUAAUAUAUAGACUUCUGUGCUGGGAAAUUGACAUAUGUUUUAAUUGGUGCUGAUUUGAGAAGAGCAAUAUCACAGAUGUUGCAACAGGACACAAAAUACACUAAAGGAAAUAUAUUUUAAUUUCCUUUAGAAUACAUUAUUGUUAAAGAUACAUUUUAAACACCAUAACUACUAUAGCUCAUUUUUGUAGAUUUGGUGCAAAUAGUUGUUUAAUGCCAUCUUCCUGCUUAAUGCAAAACCAUUUCCAAAUACUAUAACAAAAAAAAAAUGGACUCUCCAAGUAAGUCCAGAUCCCCUUCUGCAGCUCUGAAUUUCAGCAUUUCGGAACUACUUGCCCAAAUUUGGAUGUCAAUGAUAGUCUGAUAAUCACCCUUAACACUCUGAGCCUUGUAGUGCUGUUCACAGUUGGAUAUGUUGACUACAACAACAUUUCAAGCGAUUCUGAUAAAAUGUUUAUUGAGUAUUUAAUACAGAGAGAAAAAACACCCUUGAUCAGAGCGGAGGUUUGUAAAUUAUGGUAAGGGGCAGUCCAUUGCAGACAAUUGUACAACAUAAACCACAAGCAUCGCCCAGGAAGGCUGGACCUUGUCAUAUCUCAUGAUUUUUAAAACACCUCAUGAAUCAACUAAUCAUCUAAACAUUUGCUGUUAUUUUUCCCCAUAUUUGCACGCAUCAGCAAUAUAAAAUGAAUUCUAGACAAUUAUAUUUUCUGGACCACGCGUUGUCAUCCAUUGAGGACUAAUCUUUCGUAUACUAUAAUUGAGUUACUUCAUAUAAAAAUAAAUAAAGACAUACACACACGUUUUGACCACAUGCCCAUUGCACCCAUCCUUCUUCUAUCAACCCCUGUCGGUUCCUCUUUUCAGUUAAACACAUUCUUGGGACAAUCAUAAAGAAAAGAAGAAUAUAGUAAAUGUCCAGUAUGAUGAUUUUCGGAAACAAAAAUAGAAUCACUAAGGCAAAAUGGAAGAACUUAGGCUGCAGAAAUCAUGCAAGUGUAGAACAGAUGGUUAAUGAUAGAAUACCUUUUUGCUGAAAUCUGUUUAUGCAGCAUUUCAUUAUGAAAUGCUGCACAUACAGAGUUUAACCCCUUUGCUACCAGAAAACCACUGUUUCUGGUUCGUCAUCAGCCAGCCCAGACAAAGAGUUCUGGGCUAGCUAAUGUAAAUUCUGCGCAUAUUUCUAUGCACAGAAUGCCAUUCAGUGGCUGAGACUGGUCAGCUGAUGCUCUUAGUUAAUGAAUGAGCAUCAGGAUUAGCAUCCAGUUUCUGCAGCUCUGCAUAAGUAGAUGUCAUAAUUCUUCUGAAAAGGAGACCAAGCGAGGAUCCAGAUAGGAGGGCAAACCGUUGUUGGCAAACUGUUUGCCCAAUUCUGGAGAAUGGCGCCAUGGUACUCCUGGCAUCAUAACACCACUGUAGCGGUUAUGAUGGUCGGAGUAACACUUAACAUGCUUUGGUGCAUUCGGGAAAUAGGCAUUUGGGAAAUAGGAAACAAAGACUCUUUGCAUCAUAUUAACAAAAACAAAUUGUGAUCAUGAGUGCACAGACUGCUUCUUUAAUUUGGAAACUUUGUAGUGGAAAAACACUACAUAGCUACACUUAAUAUUACUUUAUGCUAGAUUGUAUUAUAAAGAUUUCUGCAUACUACAAGGUCCAAUAUCCUUACACAACGCACAGUUUCCGGAAUUAUUUUGUUGGGUUUUUUAGGUUAUUUUUUUUGCAGAUUUCUCAUCUGCAGUCAAUCUGUGAAAUAGUUUGGUAGAUAAUUUCUAAUAUCCUUGUAUGUUAACCAAAUAAUUUCUAAUAUCCUUGUAUGUUAACCAAUGAAAUGCAUAUAUUAUAUAGAGUAUUGUUUAAUUUAAAGAGCAAAUCAUAUAUAACUGGAACAAGGAGCAACUCUGCUUACUAAUACAUGUGUGUAUUAAGUGUUCUAUAGCACAUUUGUCAUGCUUUAAAGUAAAUAGGAACAAAUUGCAACACUAGCACAUGAACAUAGGACAAAACAUGUUGUUCGUGAAUAUCUAGAAGCAUUAGGGCAACUGGCAGUUUUUCCAUGUCAUUUUUUUAUCCUUUACUAUAUUACUGGGAAAGAAAAACAUGUAAGAAGUGAUAUGAUGACAUCAAAUACUGAGAUAUUUAAAGGAACACUCUAGGCAAAAAAACAACUUUAUCAAAAUGAAUGAAAAUUGCUUUAGAGGUCCUUUAGAGGUAAACCAUCCAGGAGCAGUUUCACACCAAAGUCUUUUCAGUGCUUAAAAGCUUGAAAAUGAAAGCCUCGGAUUGCUGCGAGCAUGGUGCCGCUGACUGGCUUCGAGCUGCCAACUGCUACACUUUUAAUAAUGAUUUAUGUAUGGGUAUGUGUAAAUAAAAGUGCUUAGAUCAUAUAUAUAUACUUUUAUUUACUUUUUAAACUUUUAUUUAAGUUUUACAAACUUUGUAAAACUUUUCUGCAGGCAUUAGGGGACUGCAGGCACCCGCACAAGCCAGCUAUUUUGGCCAUGUGAUCACGAGGACCCCUCGAUCACAUGGCACAGGAGGGCUGGAUUGGGCAGACCCCAGGAUCCUGAUCGCCAGCGGGGGAUUGCCAGCGAUCAGGUAAGUGGCGAUUUACUAUCGGACAUACCAGGUACAUCCAAGGUUAUUAACAACCAUUUUAUGUCGGGCGUACCUGGUAUGUCUGAGGUCGGGAAGGGGUUAAAAGAACACUAUAACGUUAAGGAAGACAAAUGUUUUGGAUGAUGCAAUAGUGGCCUUGUUGCCAUUUAGGUCCCCAGCCUCCAACUGCAUGGUAUAAAAAAAAGUACUUACCUAUGCUCCCUUGCAGUACUACUCUCUGCAGUGGUCUUCAUCAUUUUUGGCUGAGGUCAUCCAAACCAAUUGUUUCCGAUAGAAAAACAUCAGGAGGCUAGUGCGCAUGUGCGGUAAAAUGAAGUGCUGGGCCAAUCAGAUUUUUUUUAGACUAUCUGAUAGAAAUAGCUUAGUUUCACUCGGCUACUUCUGUGGAAGCGCCUCUAGUACCAGCAAUGGCCACUAUGGUAGACUGGAAGUGAUCAGCUGACCUCAGAAAUAUAUAUAUAUAUAUAUAUAUAUAUAUAUAUAUAUAUUUUUUUUUUUUUAAACAUUAUUUUGCAGCUGUUCAGAGCAAAUAGUGCAUACUUCCCUAAAUCUUUACAUUUAUAGUAAUACAAACCCAGUUUCUCUUUGCUAUUUGUUUUAAUGUGUGUAAACAAUAUUCUAAUGCAGAAAUACACCGCCCCAAAAAAACAUUACUUUCAAACACUGAUUCCACAUAAUUCAAGACUCCAAGCUUUUAGAAGAUGGUAAUAUUGAUGAUCUUAAAGGAACACAUGGGGCACCAUAACCACUUCAUCUCACAGUGGUUAUGGUGCCUGGAGUCCCUUGGAGCCAUCAGAUAUUCAAGUGUUAAACCAUUUUCAAACAGUUUAAUACAAAAAGUAGUGUCUGCAGGUGCCAGUCUGCUGUCUAUCCUCCUGUAUGGGCUAAUUAUGGAAGCAUUCUCUCGAUCUCGAUAGGCAUUGAGAUGAAGUUGUUAUGGUGUCCAGAGUGUUCCUUUAAUAUUUAGCAUAAAGGGUAAAUGCAAAUUACCAAAGAAACUAUUUUAACCAGGCUCCUUUUUCUGGACCAAUAUCAGUUUCUAACCAUGAACAUUUUCUUUGAUGUUACUGUAAAUCUAAUCCAUAUUUUGGAAGCCAUUUGUAAAGAAUCACAGUUGCAGAGAUCAAAAUGUUUUCCACUAUAAUAAAAACAUUCAGACAGAUGUUAUUUACUAGAGAAUGUGCUGUUUUUGAUAUUAGUGGUAUAGCUUAUUUGAUGUUAUUAAAGCAAUUAUUUUAUUGAUUUAUCUAUGUUUAAUGUUUACAGAAAUGCUGAACACUUCAUUUUGUUUACCAGUAUUUUCUAACUCACAUGUGCUUUUAAAUGGGACAUAGAAUGUGGCAAUGAUACAUCAUGUGAACUUUUAUUGAGAUGCAUCAAUCAUAAUAAACAUAUUCUUUGUUUUCACCCUGCUUGUUGAUUU